AUGUGUGUGAAGAGACUGUCCCAAAAGCCAAAGAGAAUUCUGGAAGCUGGAGAGAGGCAUGUAGGGGGGUGGGAAAGAGACAGAGAGGAAUUAUUCCGAGAAUGGAUGUGUGACAAGGGUUAGAGAGGCCUUAUGUUUUGCAAUCCGGGGUUGACAAAACACUCCUGCUCCUCUCCGAGUGGACCACAGUCAUCUCUAAGGAGUGAUCUGCUUGGCUGCAAUAGCCUGCAAAGUGAUACCACACAGCCAACAUGUACUGCCAAUAACUUAUUCCCUUCAAAGGCUGUGGCAUAUUUACUCACAUUGGCCUUAAUCAUCAAUGCACUCUGCCUGUCGCUCUGCAAAAUAGGAAAGCCUUUGAGGAUCAGGGUAGAUUGUCAAUAAAGCUCCUGUCCCUUCUUCCCACUACAGAAGACACUGCAACAGUGUUCCCUCAACAGAAACCUUACAAGGCUACAGAAGUAACAUCUGGAUUCCACUGGUGAAUUUCCCCUGGAAACAGCCACCAACUACAUCUUGGGAGGAAAAGGGUAAGUUGAAACCGGUGGCACAUGUCACAAUAGCUCCCUCCUUGGCCAAAGCAGUAGAUGGAUUUGCUGGGGCUUCCAGGUAAUGGCACAUACAGCUGUUGUGCAUUCUCCUUUCCUUCUCCAGAUUAUACUACAGAUGUGUUGCAUCUUCCUUUAGCAAACCUGGUAUUUAUUCUGGGAAAUACUAGCAUAGAAGAAUUGAUUCCCCAAGACUACAUAACCAUGACUUAGCCCAGAUCUUUGGAGGACAAAGUGUAUUAUGUGAGCAUCUCGGAUUCAUUUUUUAAACAAAAUGAAUUUCUAACCCUUGUGGCAGCAGAGAAAAGCUUGAAAAGGUGAAUCCAAAUGACACAAAAAGGGAUUGGUUUAGUGGAAAACCUGGACCGGAUUUGUAAGCACUGGACCACAGAGAGAAAAGGACUUUGCCUCCAGUAAGCAGGAGGGAAAAAAUGGUCUGGUUUUCUCUUGGUGGGAAUGAACAACGAUGAUAAAAAAACCGGAAUCAUUUAGGUUGGCAAGGGAAUUACAGGCAGCCCCAGUCCUGUGCAUGUUUACUCAGAAGCAAAUCAUAGUGAGUUCAGUUAGACAUACUCCCAAGUAAAUGUGCAUGGGACUGUAGUCUCAAAGUGGAGAUAAUAAAUGUUUUCAGACAUUUUAGUUUUGGAAAGCAUGUAAGAGAGAUGGGCUGUCUGAUCUUUCAUUUAUUCGUGCUCUUGGAUGGAACAUUUAAAGAAGGAUUUUGUGCCUGUGUGUGUGUGUGUGUGUGUGUGUGUGACAAGUGCAUGUGGGCAGGGUUAAAUGGGUUUUACAAACACAAAGAGCUGCCUCAGAAAACCAGAUUCAGCUUCCAUAUGCCACUUCUUUGUAGAGGUUUGCUGAGACUUCUAAAGCAGAUAAGCCCUGAUUAGAAACACAAGUAAAAUGCCUCGAAACAAUAUUGGUGGAGGGGGGAAAGAGAGAUAAUGAGUCGCACUAUCCAAGACAGGGAGAUGGAUAGUGGUGUUGAUUUUAAAAUUCUCCCUAUUUUGUCAUCUUCUAGUUACAAAUAACAAUAUUUCUUACAACUCAUUUAUGUGAGAUGACGCUUAGCCCUCGGAAACUACCUUGCCCUUUUCACUUCCUUGCUUCUAAUUCUGCAGCCCUGCAGAGAUACACCUGGGAACAUACACAGUGAGACUUCUUUCCACAUAUAUAGGCAUAGUGUGGUGGCUUUGUUUUCUAAUACAGGGAUGGGGAGCCUGUGGCCCUCUAGAUGGCGUUGGACUCUCAACUCCUAUCAACCCCAGACAGCAUGGGCAGUGGUCAGGGAUGAUGGGAGUUCUAGUCCAACAACAUCUGGUGAGUCACACCUCUUCUAAUGUUGCUGCUCCCACCACCAUGGCAUUUGCUCCAGCCAAAAUGACUCGAGGCAUUUUCCUGGAGUAAAUGGCAAGUAAGACAUGCCCAGUCUUACCGAGCAUGUGCCUCAAAUGCAGACUCACUCCUCAGCAUUGCCAGUUUAAGUAGCCCUGGAAGCAGAACUGGGAUAGCUACGCAAUUGCUACUGGGGGUACCUUUACCUUUUUAUGGCAGAUACAAUAGCUCCUGCCUAUCAAUUGGACUGCAGCAUAUUUCCCCACAAAAAUUACUAGUUACGUGUUUCUCAAAUCUGUGCUUUAUCUUGAGAGAGGCAAUUUAUAAAAGGGCAGGUAAGACACUCACUUCACACUCAGAGGUUAAUAACUUCACCUUUCUCAGAGAGCUCCUGGGAGCAUCUUGUUUUGUCACUUGGCAUCAACAAUGUAUACAAAAUGGCACUGAAUAUGCCAGGGAUUGAACUCUGGGACUCUCUGCAUGCUAUGAGAUACAUAGCACCUUCCCAUUUCUGUCCAGAGGACUUAAGGUUUGGGGAGCCAGUGCCCCCACAAGCAUUGUUUAAUGCGAGUUUCCAUAAACUCCAGUCGGCAUGGACAACGGUCCGGAAUGACAGGAAAUGAAAUCCAACAAGAUCUAGAGAGACCACAAAUUCCCUUCCCCUGAUAUAGAGGGACUAUCAGGGAUGGACUUGCGAAACAUGCAAGCAACCACCAAAACUAUUAUGUAUUUAAAAAUUACAAGCUAAGCCGCAAGUCUCUGCAGUGGUGAUACCUUUGUGCAGGAAUUAAGAACCUGUGAGUCUAGCUUUGGGCCAAACACCUUUGGGUUCAUGGAGAGAAGUGUGGAACAUGGAAUUCUUCCUUUGGUCUGCCAGCGCUCCUGUUCUGCUGACAAGCAGGCACAAUAUGCACCAACCCUCCACUAGCUGCCAUGCAAUACUGCAGCACAAAGCAAUUCGGAGAGGGUUUUCCUUUGUCCCUGCCUCUCACUCAGAGUCCCACAGCUUGUGAAUCGGGAACAGGCCUUUCAUUCUCUUGUUACCUACUUGAGUGUUUCAGCCAGGUAAAGGAACAAGCCCAGACCAUAUUUUGAACCUGCCACCUUCCCCGCCAAGCACAUUUGCCAGAGUGUCCUCUAAGUCUAGCCAGGGUAAACCCAGUUCUUAUGAUCUGCUAGAAGUUAGCAUUCACCUGGCUGGCUCCAGUCCUAAAGAGCAAGUCCGUUUCUCUCUUUUCCCCGCCCCCCCUUUUAAAUCCUGAAAGUCCAGUGUCAUGGUGCCAGCCCACUCUGGCUCUCCCGCUUCACACCUGACCCGAGCCACGGUCCCUUCGCCGGCGGCGCGAGGUGGAAGUCCACUUUCCCCUCCCCUCCUUCCCCGGCUCACUUCCAUACCUCUCCAGUGCCGCGUUUUUGGCCUGGCUGGGCUUAUCCCUCCUCAUCCCUGCAGCGGACCUUCCCUCCGCUCCCCUAUUUCUUUGCCCUGUUCUCCGGGCUUCCUCCCCUCCCCGCCGCGCCAUUCCCGGCCGGAUCUCCUCAAGAUCUCUCCUUCUCCUCUGAAUCCCCCCUCCUCGGUUCCGCUCCAGAUUUUCCUCCCUGUGCAAUGCGUGCGUGUGCACCUCCCCUCGGCCUCCCAGGUGUAUCCGUCCCUUCUGGAACCCGCUCCGCUUUUCCGUUCCUGCCUUCUUCCCCAGCUCGGAGUGGAACUGACUGGCCCGCCGCCGCCGCCGCCGCCGCCGCGUGCGCAAAGUAGCAAGCUUCUCCCGCCACCCCCGGGGCAUUCUCGCUGGAGGCUCCUGGCUCUGAGGCCCAGCAUCUAGCCGAGGGCGCCGGACUAAGGAAGGGGGCUCGCCGCCGCGGAGCGCCUCUGUGCGCCUUCACCUUUCUUUGGCGAGCGAGUCUGCCGGGAGGGGGCGCCCCAGCCAGAGGAGAGCGAACAGUUCCUUUGGCGAAGGGGAAUCCGGCGGCAGGCGAGGCAGCCGAAGCCCUCACGCCGCCGAGAGGCACCGGCGGCCGCUGGGACGCUCGAGGGCGCAAGGCGAGGCCCGGCGGCCCGACCUCCUGAGGAGCACCGAGUUCCCCCCCCCCUCACCGCCCGGGGUUGGCGGGGAGCGCGCGUGUGCCUGUUUGUGUGCACCGAGGCGAGGGAAGCGCAGGAGAGGAGAGGAGCGACGAGCAGGCAGACGGAGCCCCCACCCCGCCGCCGCCAGCGCGCGCGCGCGCGCCUGUGUGUGUGUGUGUGUGUGAGAGAGAGAGAGAUCGAGAGAGAGAGAGAUCGGGGGUGGGGGUGGCUCUAGCUUCGCUUGCCUCCACCGUCUCCAAAAUGCCCGGACUGCUUUCCACGGAUGGAUAUAUUUUAAGACUUCCUUUCGCAUUGCUAGGCGAGGCGGUUCGCCGGCUGGAGGCGUCCGCCAGUGACAUCUCAUCGGGGGAAGGAGGGCUUUGAUUUGGCCCCUUCUCUGCCUGCCUGCCUCCCUCCUCCUCCUCCUCCUUCUCCCCCUCCCUUCUGCUAUUUCGGGAGGGGGCGGCUGCAAACAAAAAAAAUUAAACCCCACCAAAAAAAAAAGCCAACAAAAAGGGACGGCGCUUGAUUUAUAACAGAACGCCCCAUCUCUCUCCCCUUGUCCCUGCUCUUUAACUCGCCGUCCCUCCAGGGGCAAAACAAUCCGAGAUCCGGACGCGUCGUGUUUUGUGUGUGUAUGUGUGAGUGUGGGGUGUGUGUGCGCGCGCCCCCCUUUCCACGUUUCUCUGAAAUCGACGCCCCAAGGGGGAGCAAUCGGAAGAAGAUCGAGAUCGCGCAUCACGCAUCCGAUCGCCUCGUGUUUCCGAAUACCUGAGGGGGCUCAAGCCCUGCCGUCCUGGCGGCGGGAUGGAUUAGGGAUCCCUGAAUGGAGGAACCCGACGGGGCUGGAUCGCAGAAGGUAAAGACGAGGCUUGUCUUCUCAGGGGAUUGCGCGUGGGGUUGGCGUGCUGGUGGCUAGGGGGGGGGACUGGGCUGGCGAGCCUUGCCUAUCUCCACCCCCACCCCCCGGUUUCUCAUCGAUGACCCUUGCUGGCUUCGGACACCUGGCUAAAUCGGACUGAUGGCGAGGCUUUAUUUGAGAGGCGGGAGGUGCUGGUGGCUUUGGCACAGGUUUCAUUUUAAAUUGGGGUGGUGGUGGUGGUGUGUGAGAGGAAGUAGGAGGUGCAAUCUUUUUUUAUUAUUUGUUUGGAAACCUGAGCUGUCCUCGCCUUGAGAUCUGCCCGCUCCCCGGUGGUUUGGGUCUAUGUUGGUGGACCUGAUGUUUGGUUAGCGCUUCUCACAGACAGGCUUUCUUUGCGCUACAGAGACUUGGACGGGGGAGGGGGGGAUGAUGCUGACUGGACUACGAGGCUGGGAGGAAGGGACCAUUUCCUCCUCUUCUCCUCUCUCUCUCUCUCCCCCUCCGCAUUUUCUCCGGAGAUUUUGUGAUCGGACAGGCUCUGCAAAUGCGGAGGUCCUUUUUCCGCCCACGGAUGAGGCGGCCGCUUGUCCUCCGCUGGGUCUGCGUAUUGCUCAAGACAAAGCCAUCUGCAAAAAUAAAAUUUUAAAAAAAACACCCCUUCCCUUCCCCUCGUCGCGGUUACUGCGGUAUUCCUCCCCCCGCCACACACACACACACACACAACAGCACGCCUUUUGUAUAUAUGUGGCGGGGGUGGAGUUGGGGGGGGGGUUGAGAAAAAGAGCCAUUACCCUCCAAAUACCGUAAUGCACAAAGAGGAGGGAAGGGCUUUUUCUCCAGAUCUUGUCUCUGUUCUUAUCCUUGCCUCCCCACCCCUCCACUCCGGUCAAUUUUGCUGCAGGGGGGGGGGGGAGCCGGAACCAGGACAGGUUCGUGGUAGUAGCUGCCGUCCCCUGUAAUGUUUUUCACCUGAUACGUGUCUUUAUGUAACAGACACGCUUUAUAGGAGGCGGAGGAGGAGGUGGCGGACACACAUACACACACGUGCGCGCGCGCGCAUAUCCUUUUUCCCACGUACAGUUUCAAGAUGGGAGGAGGAUGCAGGCGGAAUGGUUAAUCAGGCGGGGGGGGCGCGCAUUGGCUUGCUGCGAUGGCUCUUGGGCUUUGCCAUCCACCCCCCUCGAUGCCCACCCCGCCCCCGCAGCCGACGAGCAUCUCGCUCUGGGGGCGGGCUGAUGUGCCCCUUACUUCACCUCAGGCCAGGCCCUUCUGGAAGCAGCCCACCUUCGGGGCGGCUGGUGGGUCCCCUGAGCCGGGAAUUUGUCUGGGAGUCCGAUUCUGUGGCACCGGGGGCCCUGAUCUCAUUCUGCUCCCUCUAGUCAGGAUGUUCUCUGAAUCAAUGGGCACCUUGUAUAAUGUCUCCCCGAUUCCCAUUGACCCAUGUGAAGGAAAGAGCCGGCAGAGAAUUCGGGGAGGGAGAUAAUCGAGAAGAAAUGUACCUGAUAUUCUUAAAUUACUGCAUCCACAAUCAUAUAACAUGCCCCCCCCCCCAACCAUUCUCCACGAGUGUUGGUUAUUCACAUCUUUCCCUGCCAAUAUCUUUCUGGUCUAAGGCUGCCUCCUAUUUCAGAAGGACAGGAGAUUCUUUUAAAGUAGCAUUAUUUCCCAAAACCAGUAUGGUGGAAAAAGCAGAAUGGUUAGAUUGAUGAUUGCUGCAAACCCAGUUAGAUUUCAAAUUCUUCCGAAGGGGUGGAAGGUGGAGGGAAGUGAACAGGUCCAGCCUUAUUAUGAUAGGAUGCUGGGAGCUCUUCCCUCAGUUGGGAAAUAAACAGGCUGGGGAAAGAUUUAUUUAUUUAUUUAUUUAUUUACCAUUGGGAAAUAAGAUGGAUCGAGAAGGGGCUCUCUCUCUGUGUGUGUAGACACAGAACGAUUAGCAAAAGGCGAGUGAGAAGAGAUUGACAGAUACAGACGUGGAAAGGGGGGGAUGGGGGGAAGAGAUGAAGGAUGAACAGAUGGAUGGAUGAAGGGGGAAUGGAUGAUCAGAUAAAGAACCUGUUAGUAAUCGCUCCAUCCUCCUCUCUUUUCUGCCUCUCCCCAAAUUUAUUGUCCAUAAGGCCCUCCCUCCCGGACCAAUUUCCUGUGGUUGCUUUCUGCUUUCAGCAGUGAUUGAAUGGUAUAUCCCCCCCCCCCCGUGAAUGUCUCUUCACAGUGCUGUCUCUCUUGGCAAAGGUGAGUCAAACGAGGAGCUGUAAAACAUCUUUGGGGAGAACAGAAUAUGAGGGUUGUGUUGAAAAAGGAAGGAAUUGCCAGCAGGAGACAGAAGUUGGCCUGGCUUGAUGAAACCCUCUCAUUUUGGCACUUGGAGAGGAAGAAAGGCAAGGUUGUUCAGCGCACUGCUAAAGGUUUUAAUUCUGCUCUGAUUUUCCAACCCCCCCCUUUUUUUUGCCUGGGGAAGAGCCAUAGUUCAGUGGUAGAGCAUCUGCCUUGCAUGCAGAAGGCCUCUGGUUCAGUCUGUGGCAUUUCCAGGUAGGAGAAACCCCAGAGAACUCCUGCCAGCCAGUGUAGACAGUACUGAGUAGGAUGAACCCCCCCUCCCCAAUGGUCUGUCUUGGUCCUCCGUUUCCAGUCCUGCUCCUCAUCUUUAAUCAUCUCUUCACAAAACAAGGAAAUCAUUGCUUGGACCAAUAGAGGGUACUUGCAAAUCUCCACCUGCAAGUCUCCAGUUUGAGAGUGUCUCACAACAUAUUGUAUAUCAAAUAUCCAUGCAGCUGAACUCCUGAGAAUAUUGGUAAAGAGAUGCACCAGUUCACUGCUGUUUGAGCAUUCCUAGGGUAGUUAGAGGCAAUGCAGUUCAGGAGAUGCUUUAGAAGCUUUCAGAACAUUUGUGUAGCAAAACAACAAACAAACAAACAAAAAAACCCAGGGGAAAACAAAGAAAGACAAACACCCCUUCUAAAACCCUUCUGGAACAAGAAUGAUCAUGGGCUAGGCUUCACUGGUUGGAUGACAUCUGUCUCGAAAGACAUAUUGAGAAAAAUUGUGGAAUGUUUGUUUGGGUUUGGGAGAUUUGGAAUCCAGAACACCUGGGCUCCUUUUGAAUUUCCUAACAGGCAGGCUGUUGCUAUUGCCAAUCUUUAAUUGCAAACAUCAGAUGCGCUGGGGUUUAAGUGUACCUGAGAGUUGUGACUCCUAACCUGGAAGUUCUUCCCUCUAGUGUGAUUCGAUUGGCUGUAUGGAGUCCCUGUGGGGUGAGGGAAAGUUACUACAUUUUUCAUAAGAUCCAGAGCUUCACCCUGUAUUAUUGAAAACAGGUUAAACCCUGAGCUCUAUGAUGUUGUAUGUGGGGUGGGGCGUGUUUUUGGAACAAAGGCUUGGGAAGUAUUUUGCAAGCGUUGCUCAGAAAGUCCCAAACACUGAGUGAGCAUCAAGAGGAAAACUAUAUUAAUGGGUACCACUCAUUGCAGGUUCAGAGGCAGCAUGCUCUGAAAACUAGGAGCUGGAGUGUCCUCCUUGCGGUUAUUAUGGGACACAGGAAGCUGGAGUAGGUGGGCCUUUGGUCUGAUGCAGCAGGGCUCUCUUCUUAUGUUCUUGUGGGAAUGAGACCUUCAUUCUAGGUGCCCCCCAAAUAGUAACAGGGUUUGGUUUUUUACCUCCCCCUUUGGAUGUUAGGCUGCUGAGCUGCUUUUCUUUACCCGUGUCUUGCUUGCAUUGGCCUGAUUUAAGAAAUUGAUGGGACAGAGAGGUAGGAUCAUAUUAUUUUUGUUAUUUAUUUAAUUUCUAACUGCCCUUCACCACAGGGCAAAUUACAAUAUGAAAACACAAAAAUACACAUCAUAGUAAUACAAACAUGCAUACCAUAAUAACAAACAACACACACACACAUACCCAAUUUAAAAGGGCAUAAUAGUUUAAUUAGCCAAAGGCCUAGGAGAAGAGGAAUAUUUUUGCCUGACAUCUCAAGAUUUGUAAUGAAAGUGCCAGGCAAGCCUCCCUAGGAAGAACAUUCCACACUGCAGAAAAAGCUCAUUCUCAUGUUACCACCUUCUGGGCCUCUCAUGGAGGGGGUACACAAAGAAGGGCCUCAGAUGAUGAUCACAGGGUCCGGGGUGGUUCAUAUGGGGAGGGGUGGUCCUUGAGGUAUUGCGGUCCUGAGCUGAUGACUUGUCCUAUAUACCUGGAGACCUUUUGUUUUUUGUUGUUUUUUUUAUAAGAUAUUUAUUGAAAUUUUCAAAAUAUUACAAAAAAAAGAAAAAAAAAGAAAAAUACAAAAUAAAAAUAGUUAAAAACAACUCAAUCUUUCCAUUACUUAUUUUUCAUUAGCUUAUUUCCCGGACCUCCUCACGCCUCCCUUUUUUGUAUUCCAGUUCGGUUUGUUGGUUCAGCAAAUCCUUCCCCUCUUUGUUUAUACAAGUCUUUAAUCUUAAAGUAUUGUAACGUUAAAUUUUUACCUGUUAGUAAUCCAUUUUUCAUAUUCCCUUAUAGUAUUACAGCUAGAAACCACUUACUUUCUAUCCAACAUCAUUCUAACAUUCAUUAAUUUUACAAUAUUUCUGUAAAUAGGCUUUAAAUUUCUUCCAAUCUUCUUCCACCGACUCUUCUCCCUGGUCUCGGAUUCUGCCAGUCAUUUCCGCCAGUUCCAUAUAGUCCAUCACCUUCAUCUGCCAUUCUUCCAGAGUGGGUAGAUCUUGUGUCUUCCAAUACUUUGCAAUGAGUAUUCUUGCUGCUGUUGUUAUACCUGGAGACCUUUUGGGGCAGAAAUGCCAAUCUGAAUUGGGAUGGGUAGUUCCAGCCAUGAAUUCCAUGCCAUGGGCCGGCUGUUAUUCAUGUUCAGUGACUCCGAUAAACUAGAGGGGCAAAAUUUUAGGUUGGGCCUCAUUAUGUCAGAAAAUAUCUGUAAUUGAUAUAAAAUUGGUCAUAUUUCCUUUCCUUCUUUCCCUCUCUACUCAGGAUGUAUAUUCCUUGAGAUCAAAGAUGGUCUCUUGCUGUGAUAAUAUGGCACCAAUUGGAAAGAUAAUCUAGGUGCAACUGAAAUAAUCCUAGCCCUUUUCAUAUCUGCAAACUCAUUGAAAGCAGCUGAUAAACAUCCUAGUAUGAUGAGAGGAAGGGAGAUUGUUUAUACCUUUACAGUGUUUUUGGGAGCACAUCCCUGGUUUUUGGAAGCCCCAUGUAUUUAUCAGCUGCCUAUAAAGCACACAGUACUUUUCACCCACCAGAAAACUAAUGGAGGAAGAUGAGUGAAUCUCUUUUGUCCUGUAAUAUGCGCAAGCAUAUGCCCACCCUCCUUACAAACCACAGAGUGUCGUGCAUGACUUUAAUUCCUGCAUUUGCCAUGGCUUAAUUGUACCCCAAGUACUGCAGCUACUUUUGAAGGUGCUUUGCUGGGCAUAGGCCCCAUUCUGUCAAAUGAGUCCAGGGGGCUGUGUGUAAAGGGCCCUAAAUGCAGGAUUCUGUUGUUUGCAUGGAGGAUGGGGAUAUAUGGGCCCAUAUUAUAAAUUUUCAAAUUCAGCUAGGAUGUAUCCUGCAUCUAGUGGAUAAUACGUGCUAUGUGCUUUGGAGACAAACAAUAAAUACAUGAAAAAUGAUAUUUUUAGAUAGACUCUUUCCAGUGAUAAGCAUCCAACUUAGCAUCCAGAGGCCAGGAAGAUUUCAUUUCCCCCCUUGAAUAUUGUAACACUGGAGGGUGUUUCCAUGGAUGCUGUUUAUUUCCCCUGGAGGUGUACAGUUUCUUUUUGGAAUUGAAAAUAGUGUUUGGAUUGUGGAAAACAAGUCCUUUCCAAAGCCCCUAUUUGCUAACUCCCAUCUGGAAAGCAGCAGAUUCUUUCACUUUUAGUAAUAUGGUCCAAAAAUGGAUUCCCCCAAGAUUUCCUUUGUUCUAGUAGGGAGGAGUUCCAUAACCCAAGUAUAUGAAGGAGGGUGGGGGUGAGAAAAAUGCAGGCCUGAAGUAAGUGUCCUCUUCCAUCUGACACAUGGGUCCAUUUUGCCCUCUUCCUGCGUCUGAAAACCAUGCCUCCGUUUUCAUUGCAGCUGUGGAGUGUGCUGUAUGUGGUAGGUACAAGCAUAGUUCGUUUUUGUAGCUCGGUGCAAAUGGACCCUGGCCCCAGUUUGGUAUGAGUUGGCUUCCCUUUUCAGGAGCCAAUACAGCUGGGUCCCCCCGGCCGAUAUAAAUCAGCAUUGCCUCUCUUAAAUGAAUGGAAACUGUGCUGAUGAACGCCAGCUGGAGGUGUGUAGCCUUUUGCCAAGCACCUUUGUGCUGCAGCCCCUGUGACAGGGCCUUCGCUUACGUGAGCCUGUGGCAUUUGCCCGGAGCCAGUAUCCUGUUAUUUUUAAAGAAGGCCAUCUUCUGAAACUGACAUCGCAGCACAAAAAUGCCUCUGAGCAGGGAGCUCUUCAACCAAAUCUAAAUCAGCAUCUCCCUGCAUAGGCACAACCUUCCCUGAGAAACCUCACCAGCUCCUAUAAGCCCAGGGGGUUGUGUGUGUGUGUGUGUCCGUCCAGAGCGACUGAUGUGACAAGAAGAAUUCCCUUCCAUGCCUGAUCAUGUGGGAUGCAGAUUCCUACAGAGAUGUCAGCCAUUUGCAAGCCACCAAGUGUUUCCUUUGAGUUAAGGAGUUUGACUUUCCAAGAGAAGAGAGACAGCAGCCUGGCAUCUGAUGGCUUGUUGUGCAGACAGACCAUGGGAUGCAGGCAGGGGAGGGGUAGGGAGCAAUUAUUUAAAUAAUAAUAAAGUAUUUUCUCUUCCUCCGUUCCUACAAUGUGUGGGUGGCUUUUUCUUAGAUUGUAUAUAGAAGAGGUUUUUAUUUUAAUGAUUAUUAUUUAGCUGGGGAGCGUGUGGGCGUCUGCAGCCAAUUUCUGAAGCUGCGCUACCUGUCUCGUGUUCAGCAUGGGGGGGAUAUUUCCCCCGAGGGCCUUCUGCAGUGGCACUGAAUAUAUUAGUGACUGCUCACACGCAUGCCUACAUGAUUGUGUGUGAGCGCACGCACACACAAAAAUGUGCAACUCCACCCAUGUUCUCUUCAGCAUGCAUGUGCUUAUGUACAUGCCCUCCAUCACUCACGUGUAUACACUGUCUCUUUUGUCAUGCACUUUCCUAUGAUCAGCACAGCAGAGGAGUCUUUCCUUUCCCCCCCGUGUCAGCAAGUGCUUGGGGAUUAGAAUAAUAUGCUGGGGAUGAUUAAGGGAUGGCAAUCUGCUUGGAGGUGAUGCAGACAAAUGGGAGGGAGGGGAUAGCCUCAUCCUCCUCUCCUCCCCUGUCCUGUCUGUUAUCACCAGACAGUAUCUAAGACCAACCUAUCCAUAGCCAGAUCAUCUGUUCUCAUAGUCUUCAUUUUUAGUCUUCUCUCGUAGUUUUCAACCAUUUCGGUAGUGGGCUCCAAACUCUCCUUCCUUGGUUCCACACCCCAGAUCUUUCAGCAGGACUGGUGUUGUCUUCUGGCACCCUCGGGCAGCUGCUGGAGAAGUCCCAUGCCCUUUGUACUCCACAAAAACAAUAACAACUCCAAUCCUUUUUAUUUUUGUUUUUUGUAGGCUUGAGUCAACUAUUUUAAUUUCCUGCAAUGUACCAGUGUAACACCACGUCGGGGGCAUUGUGGGAAAUUUAAAUGGAAGCAGCUGCCGGCAAUGCUGUUCAGAGUAUUGUGGGGGUAGCUCUUGACCAUGACUGCCUGCCCUGGUGGAGCAGAACUGCAGCAAAAGUCUUCUGGAAGGAGAAGUGGUGGUGAGGUAAUGGUGCCACCCGUGAGCUGUUUCUCACCCAUGGCCCCCUCAGACCAGGAGGGGGCCUUCUCAAAGACACUCAUAAAUGCCUACCUGAACCUUAAGAUGCUCUUUCGAUCUCUAGUCUGGGUGCCCCCACCAAGUUAAAUGGAGGAGGGCUGUCAGGGAGCAAUAGCCCCCUAGCUAUGGAAUAUUCUCCUCAGAGAGGCUCACCUGGUACCUUCUUUAUGGUGAAAAAUACAUUUUUAUUCACCCAAGGAUUUUCGUUGCAUUUUGAAUCUGAACUGUUUCGUGCUGGCCCUAUUGCAAUGAAAGUUUUUUUUAACCCGUCUUUUGUUUUGUAAUGUUUAUUUUAAUUCUUAUAUAUUGUAUUUUUAACAUUGAUUUGUAAGUCACCCAGCGAAUAUUUAUUGACGGGCUGCUAUAUAAAUGCAACAAAUAAAUGAAAAACAGAGAGAGGGGGAGAGAGAGUCUGUUACCUUCCUACAACAAUGCAUUUCACUGUGUCAGGUACCACUAAAGAUAUUUAUGGCUGGCCAUGGAAAGGAUAGUGGUUAAGUUAGAUCUUCCACUUCACUGCUUGACACAUUGGUUAGGCUCUACAUUCAAAUGAAUAAGGCUUCUGUAGUACUUUCUAUCCCAUAUUUACACGUUUUAUCAUAGCAAUGAUAUUCACACAUAAGUACAAGGAGCAUGAGAGAGUUUCAAUAUUUGCUUUUGGUGUCAGUUUCCCUUUUGGCAAACCCAAUCUGCCAAUACCUAUGUAUCUUUGCAUCUCUUCAGGCAAGCAAGAGGUUAACUUCCUGCAAAAGGAUGAUUAGUUAAGGUUGUUAUUGCUCUAAGAAGAAGAAGAAAAGAAUUAUACUAUUGCUUAUUUGCAUGUGUUGAUUAUCAUGCAUGCAAAUGUGAAAUUGCUUCUCGCCUAGCAGUGAUAUUGAGUUUAAAAAUGCACCUGGUUCAGCUGAGUCAAAACUGGCCUGGUGGAGGCCCCUAAUGAUGACUGAGCUGUAGGAUAUGGGUGAAACCUAUUUAGAGUGGAAUUAUAAAUUCAGUCCUUCCUGCUUGCUUUGGGAUCUCCAUGAAAAAGAAGGGGAGAGGGAAUAGUGAUGGAUGCCCUGGAGUUGUAGAAGUGGUUUGAUGCAGUCGUUCAAAGGAGAAGAAGAGGCAGAAUAGAGGGAUAUGGUACCUAUGGUCAUUGCUGAUCCAAGAUGAUCCUAGGGAGUGUUGUGCUACAAGUAGCCUUGGAGGAUGCUUGGAGAUGGUCUCAAAAGUUGCUACCUGUCACAAGCUGUUUCUAGACUGUAGGACAGUAUGGUGAAGCUGCCUUCCUUGUUGUAGGAAGCACUGCAGCCAGUUGGCCCACUGACAUACCAAAGAAAUGGAGCAUAAUAGAAGAGAUACUUAAAUAUAAGGCCAAUGAAAAAUUACGGUAAGCCUACCAAACUUGUGACUUUCAUGGUAUGGUCUGAAGGCAGAUGAGGCUCCUAUCUUGCUGAAGCUAAGCAAGCCUGGGUCUAGCCUGUACUUAGGUGGGAGAUCACCAAGGAGCUACAUGUAUACCACCUUGGAGGAAGAAACGAGGGAUAUAAAGUGUUAGGAAAUCAAUACAAUGUGAAUGUGAUAAUGAACAUGAGACACCUGGAUCAGACCAAAGGCCUCCUGGUCUAGCUUUCCCUCCUGUGGAAAAUUAGAAUUAUCUUUUUGUCUCAUCUAUUUAGCAGAUUUAUACACCACUUUGGGAGGAAAUCUCUUGCCACAGUAUUGUCCCAACAACACAUUUACACUAAGUCACAUGGAACCACAUUUGCCAUGUUAUUGCCCAUUCACUCGUUUUGGAGAGAGACAUUUGGAGCUAAUCACAUCCUAAAUGAUCUGGUUUCAUCAGUAAACUUGGCCACCUCACACCUAACUUCAGAACGUUUAGGAACAAGAUGAAAUGCACCAGCUCCAAUACAGAUCCUUGGGGGGCUCUUAUUUCUUACACUAUUCCACAGUGGGAAAUAACAAUCUAUUCCUACCUUCUGCUUCCUGUUCUUUACUCAGUUGCCAAUUCCUAAGAGGACUUCUCUUAUUCCACAACUACAGUGGUACCUCGGUUUACAAACUUAAUCUAUUCUGGAAGUCUGUUCUUAAACCAAAGCCGUUCUUAAACUGAGCCACACUUUCCCUAAUGAGGAAUCCCGCCACUGGUGCCCUUCCACCAUUCGGCUUCCAUUCGUAGACCAAGGUAAAGUUCGCCAACUGGAACACUACUUCCAGUUUUGCAGAGUUCGAAUUCCGAAUAGUUCGUAAACAGCGCUGUUCUUAAACCAAGGUACCACUGCACUAAGUUUGGACACUGGAUCAGUCCAGUCUUAUGAACCUCUUACAUCACCUCACCAUGUGGCACAAAAUUGCAAUAAGCUGAUGUGUUACGUGAAGAAGAAUUAGUUGUCCAUCAAAUUUACUGGGUAACCCCAAGCAUGAGACAGUCAUGAGGAAUAAACAUAGUAUAUAUAACACAAAGUUGACUUGGUAGGAUUGCAGUAUUAUAUAAGUGAACAAUAUAAAUACCGGUAAUUGUCUUAAAAGAGCUUUCCUUUAAGAACCGAACGCUUUAAAUUUCAAAUUGUCUGUUCUACCUCGGCUUGCAGAUUAAUCCUAUGCAUGUUUACUCUCUUAAAUCACUGGGUAAUGGUUGAGGGCAGGGAGGAAAAGAGAGUUGGGCCACGCUGCUCACCUUUUCUAACAGAUAGGAAAGCAGAGUGAGGAGCUGGCAUCAACUUAGGUUUUUUUCUGAGUGAUAGGAAGCCACUCCAGUUUGUUCACAGUCACUCAGCAGCCAAUUUUUCCUUGCCACUCGUUCCCUUGGCUUGAGUGAGACUUAAGACUUUUUGCCCUGGAGCUGAAGUAAGGGGGGGACCAGGCCAGCUGAGCCUAGCUGAGUCCAGCUCUGUUGCAGCUUGUAGCCACACAAUGAAAGGGGGACGUGACAGUCCAGCUCAUGGGUAGGCAAACUAAGGCCCGGGGGCCGGAUCCGGCCCAGUUGCUUUCUAAAUCUGGCCUGCAGACGGUCCAGGAAUCAGCGUGUUUUUACAUGAGUAGAAUGUGUCCUUUUAUUUAAAAUGCAUCUCUGGGUUAUUUGUGGGUCAUAGGAAUUCAUUCAUUCCCCCCCGCCAAAAAAAUAUAGUCCGGCCCCUUAAGGUCUGAGGGACAGUGGACCGGCCCCCUGCUGAAAAAGUUUGCUGACCCCUGGUCCAGCUCAUUUACACCUGGAGCUGCAUGCUCAGCAGCAUUGACACUGACAGCAGCUCAAUCACUCGUGGGUGGAUAUGGGAGAGAGAGAGAGAGUGAGUGUGUGCAAAAACUCACUGUCUGUCUGAGACUGGUGGCUCGCCUCGCCUAAUGGUAGGGCUGGAUCUGAACUCAAAGAGCCCAACAAAGAUGGUGGCAACAGGAUUAGCUUUUUCAGAAGCCAUGCUGAUUUUUCUCCAGCAUGACUAUAUGCUUAAUAAUUUUUCCUUUAUUAAUGAUUUCUACCAGGAGAAGGCAUUGAGCUAACUGGCCUAUAAUUUCAGAGACUCACACUUCUCCUUUACUUCUCACUAGCCCCACUACCUACCCAAGUCCCCCUGUUACACUGACUUUACAGCCAUAGAAAGUGCAAGGUCAGCCUUGUCAUUAAGCAGAGUGAAUGGCUGCCUCAGGUGAUGGACACAGGUGGAGUUGGGGGGUGGCACAACAUAUUUGUGAGUGUGGUGUGGCCUUCCCUGCACCUUAUAAGUUGGUUUGCUGCCCUGAGGUACAGUGGAGGAUGUUAUCUCAUUGUCAGUGAGAUUCCACUGCCAGUCUAGUUGACUUCUGUAUGUAGAAUAGGGGAGGCCAUCUUGCCCUUUGCCUCAGGCAGCUAAGUGUCUUGGUAUAGGCCUGAGACAGUUGAUAUCACAUUCCCAACUCUUUGCCGUUGUUCCACAAUCUGCCUUGGGAUGACACAAUCUUUGGAGCUCAAAUGGGCUCAUAUCAUGGUUAAGGGAUUGUCUUUCAACAUAUUGCUCUUUUUUUUCCCAGUGUCUUAUGGUGAGUAAUGGAAAAGAGACUUACUAUACCCUGAGAUGUCCCUUAGCUGAGGAAAGAGGGCUCCCUGCAGAGUGAGGGGUCCUGUUUCCCUCGUACCCUAGCAGCAGGCAGGAAUAUUUUUCGGUAUUUACAUUUUUCUUUCAGCUCUCUUUCUUUCCCCAGGCUUGGGAUAGCUCAGCUGAGCAGACAUGCAUGGCACUUUAGCAAAGGACCUGCUCUGCUGCCAAAGAAAUGUUUGGGGACAGUAGCCACAUACUUCUAGCCAGUACACAGUGGCAGUGCUAGUACUGAGAGGUCACUGUGGCAGCUAUGGACCUUACUCAGGCUGGCUUCAGCUGGACAAACUGCACAACGUGGCCAGUAGUUCCACUCUUCAGAACAGAGGUGGGAAACCCAUGGCCCACCAGACCUUGUUGAACUCCAGCUCCCAUCAGCCCCAGCUAGCAAGACCAGUCGUGCGGGAUGAUGGUGGUUGAAGUACUGCUUUUAGAUGUGCCUUGAACAUCUAAAGUCUGGGCAUAUGAAGGCAGCUUUCCAUCUUUCAAUGAAGACUCCCUUAUAGCAAUAAGAUACUGUACAUUCCAGAAUUCUUCCUCUGUAUCUCUGGCCCUUUUUUAGAUGAAGGGAAGAUAUAUUUCCGAAUCUGUAUUUUUUAAAAUGAGUGAGCUUUUAAGAACUCUUCAUGAAUAGGGACUGAAAGUAAAAUAAAAAUAAAAAAUAGGAAUACACAGGGUUUUAGGGAAAAGGAACCAAUAUCUUGAUCCUCCCACUGCGCCCUAAAUUGGCAUCUUAUAAAAAUGUUUAGUAUCUUAUUUGCAGGUAAAGUGGUAAGUGGAUGUGUAACCUUCUACCUUGUGAAGGUUGUGUGCUGGUAAUCUUAUUAACCAACCAUGUUUUUAAACAGUCGUUUGAUAGCCAUAGGAAUUGCAGGCAAGCAGAAGAGCAAGGCUGGUUGGUGGAGGAGGAAUGGAGCACUCUGUCCCUCUUCUGCAUCCAGGAUAGAAACCAUGCAGGCAGUGAGAGGAUGGAAGCCCCCUCCUGCUUGCACAGCCCAGUCAUACAGUGGGCCGUUGCAGGAGAGAUGGAGCUCUAUCCCUCCUUUGCCAGCCCACAGCAGGCUAAAAGCGUUUCUUUGCAGGCCAGUAACUUCUGGACUUACUCACAAGGCUGCAGUUAACAGCCUCUAUUUAUGCCAUGGAGGUGGUGGGAAGGCACAUUCCUCCAUAGCAGCGGGAAGGGAGAUAAAAAGUGCACAGAGCAAUAAAUGCAACUUUUGCUUUUGCACUGUAGGGUAAAUUCCAGCCAUGCAAAAGUUAGAGGUUUCCACACAUACCCUCCAUCUCACGCAGUAUUUUUAUCCAGGCAAGCACCAGGCAUUAUCUCAGUUAAAGGAAACCUGUCAGCCAGGCAAAAGCAGUCAAGGAGGGCACAGAGCAGGACCAGUGAAGGAUGUGGCCUGGGGAUGGUGUGUGUGUGUGUGUGUAUGGAGAGGCCUUCAGGGCUGCAAAUGUCCCCCAGCCCUCAAGUUCCCCCCUCCUGAAUUAGGCCAACCCAUUCCUUUGUUUUAGGGAAGACUCUACUGCUUUUAUUCCCCCCCUUCUUUCAAGCAGCACAUAUGGUCAUUGCCACACUGUGUUAUCAUCACAACUCUGCGAGUUAAGUUAGACUGAGGAGAGGGGGCAGGCCAGGUGAUUUUGAUGUCUGAGUGAGGAUUUGAACCUGGGUCUCCUUGUUCCUAGUCCAGCACUCUAACCACUACACCACACCACAUCCCUAGUUCACUGCAUCAACCUCAGCUCAGAGAAGUGACUUAAUUUAUUUUUAUUUUUAAAAAAAUUGCUUUGAGUCAAAGCUCUGCCCCCAAAAGAGCUCUGCCUAGCUCAGAAUCUUAUAUCCAGCACUCUGGUCAUUAGUUAGCUCAAGAAACAUGUUCUUCUGGUUUAAGCUAUCUCUGUAUUUUAAUAUACAAAUGAGUGUGACUAGAGAACAAAAGUUGCCAGUAUAAAUUCCUCCAAGGCAGAUAGAUGCCCAUCAGGAUUCCGUGGGUUCUUUUGUAUAAAUACCUGCCCCAAUCACACAGCAUGACAGUGGCAUCUUAGUAGCGAUGCUGACAACUGUAAAGCCAAUCUGAUAGCUAAUUAUUGAAAAACACAAACAAUAGCUUCUCAUUUACCUUUUUCCCCCUUGUUCUCUUCACCCUCUCCACCUAACUUUUCCACCUUCCUUCCAAUCCAUCCCUUUCUCUUCCUCAGCAAUCUUCCCAUCCAUAGCUCCCACCCGCUUCUCUGCAAAGGCUGCGGCUAAUUGAUAGGAUAACUGGGCGCAGACGUGAUUAUGGCGAUAAUUGGUUGGAGCCAAGCUGGGGAGAAGAGCUCCAGUUUAAUUUGGUCAGGGGCUCAGAGCGUUUGGUGGGGAGGAAGUGUCCUAAUUGAGUUUCUGACAAAGCAGCACAUUCCCUUCCUGCUGCUGGGGGUGGGAAGACAAGGAUGAGCACACUUGUUGUGUGAUGUACACCAACUUUCUUUUGUCCUAGAAGGGUGUAAGUUGGAGCAAGAACAACAGAGCUGGAAACUCAGCUCUUUACCACUUUGAUACCUUGUGAUGCAACUGUAGGUUUGUUUUUUUGCAGGGUUUGCCAAUAUUUUGCUCCUCAGAUUGUGCUGGACUCUGGCUCCCAUCAGCGAAUAGGAGGAUGGGAGCCAUAGCACAAAACAAGUCUGGAAGGCCUAACCUAUGGCUGAACAGUUUACAGCUGGCACCAUUAGUUGCCAGUCUAUAAAGAAGAGAGCCACUAUUUUCCUGCAGGCCUACCUUUGAGAAACGGGGGUGGGGGAUCGACCUGCCAUCCUGAAAAUGGCCUGUCCAUGAAGCCACUUGCUGUAUGGGGAGCUUGCCCCCCACAGUACUCCCAUGCCACAUGGCAUCAUGGAUCGUAAGACCCAGGAGCCUUGGCUUCCUUGCCCAUUGCCCCUCAGUGCUGGCCCGUCAGUGAACAGAGCCUUGCCUCCCGAUCACCAGGACUGCAGGUGACACAUACACAUUUCACUCCACUCACACAUGUGAGGCUGAGAGGGUCAUUGACUGAAAACUGUAAAGCCAAGCUGUAAACAUUGACUAAGUGCUCCCAGGACCGGUCCCUGCAGGAGCCAUGUGGAUUAAUGAGCAUUAAUUAGCUCCUGCUUGCCUGUCACCAGGGGAUCCCAACUCACCUUGCAGACAGGGCUGAAUGUGCUCAGAGAGGCAGAGCGGAAAAGAGAACCUUUCAGCUGAGGCUCUGAGUUCUUUGCUUUCCUAGCCCCUCUCCACCCCCCACUGCUAACCUCCCACAGAGUGGCCUUGGCUUUCAGGACUUCUUAACUCCCUUGCCCCAGCUGCUAUCUGUGGUUAGGAAUUUGCUCCAGAGCAAUAGGUUCUGUUUCAAGCAUACUAUUUGAUCUACUCUUAAUUACAGUAGCUACCUAGCUUCAACUUGGACUUUUCACUAAUUUUGUUGUACAGCAAGCUUCUGAUCAUGGCAAGAUUGCUGGGAACAUACUAAGUGCUAAACAUAUUUCUGCAGUUGGUUUCUCCUAACUCCACUAUGUUGGGCUGUGACCGAAGAAUAAUCUCUAAUGCAAACUACCUCAAAUGGGUGAGCACUGCAAGAAAUCACAGGCUGCUUUGGCAAGUAAUGCUCUCUUUUUUCCAUUAGUAUGAUAUUUAGAAGAGGAGGAGAAGGAAAUAGGACCUUAAGUCAGCAUGUGCUCCUUUGCAUGCAGGUCCCAGGUUCAAUCAUUGGCAUCUGAAUAGACGCAUCAAGAAGCUCCUGAUAUGCAAGCCCUGGGGAGCUGCUGCUUCUACUCAAGAGUGGAGAAGGUUGGUCUAGGGCAAGUUUCCUGCUUGGCAGGGGGUUGGACUCGAUGGCCCUUGUGGUCUCUUCCAACUCUAUGAUUCUAUGAUUCUAAGUGUUGGGAACCUUGGACCCUCCAAAUGCUGCUGAGCAACAGCUCCCAUCAGUCCCACCAGCAACCAUAGCCCAAGGCUGUGGAUGAUGGGAGCUGUAGUUCAGCAACACAUAGAGGGCCAAAGUUUCCCCACACCUGGGAUGGUGAAUAAAUCAUCCAUCUUGCUAUGUCCAGCUCCCUGUUUUGAAUGAGAGUUUUCAGUCUUGAGGCAUGGUCUUAAACUACAGAAGGAUGCCAUACCUUUUCUGAUAGAGAAAGUUUUUGGUCUUUGUCAUCCUAGCCUUUUGUCUUCAAACAAGACUUGCAAACGUAACUCUGGUUGCAUAUGUAUGUUUGUGUGGGAGCAGCAUUUUGUGACUAGCGUAAAGUCCUUACCAAAAAGACACAGUGAACUAAUGUCCUCCAUAUCUGAAGUUUAAAGGUAAAGGUAAAGGGACCCCUGACCAUUAGGUCCAGUCGUGACCGACUCUGGGGUUGCGGCACUCAUUUUGCUUUAUUGGCCGAGGGUGCCGGCGCACAUCUUCCGGGUCAUGUGGCCAGCAUGACUAAGCCGCUUCUGGCAAACCAGAGCAGCGCACAGAAACGCUGUUUACCUUCCCGCUGGAGCGGUACCUAUUUAUCUACUUGCACUUUGACGUGCUUUCAAACUGCUAGAUUGGCAAGAGCAGGGACUGAGCAACGGGAGCUCACCCUGUCACGAGGAUUUGAACCGCCAACCUUCUGAUCAGCAGGCCCUAGGCUCUGUGGUUUAACCCACAGUGCCACCCGCGUCCCUGAAGUUUGCAAACAUAUAAAUGUUGAGGUGAGCCUUGAGGAAGCAAUGGUGCUAGCAGUGUAAGAGCUUCAACCUUCCACAUGUGUUCCUCUGACUCCUCCCAGCAACAGGGGAAAGGAAUGGAAAGCCAUGUGCUUGCAGGACUGCAUGCUCCCAUAGAGUCAAGCCAGUCUAAGACAUUGCUCUCACACCACUUCGUCCCAUCUCAGUCCUGUGCCAAGAUGUGCUGCCUCUUUCCGUUUCUUCUCCUAAGUGGUUUGCCAGUUGAGCUGACCCUGAGAAAGGGUGCCUUUGGGCACACAACAGAAGCUGGGGUUUGAGCAAGCCAAUGUUGUUGUUUCCCUGGUGUAAGGUGCAGAUCUUGCAGUGAAUAUCAGUUUUCUCAUCCUUGGGUUAACCUUUCCAGAGAUGGACACUUUCCAAGGCUUGGGUUUUGCAAACUGAUUUAGCCUGUUGGGCCACAGUGCCAGACUCUUUGGCUGUAUCUGUCACAAAAGGCUGGAACUCUGCAGAUGUGCAGCUAUUUUCCAGCUUGCUUGGACUUUGGCUGGAUAUCAGAGAGGGCAAUUCUGGGAAGAGUCUGUUGCAAUGCGUUCCUGACUUUCAAUGGGAUCCUUUCACUCUUAAUAAGUUCACCCCCUUACUGUCAAUAAUAUCAUUCACUGCCGAGGCACAAGCAGAAGCAGAGAGGUCAUCUCUUCCAGCCCACUCCCCAGUGAAAUAAUAUUUCAGGGAAGUGAUAUUCCACAGCGAUAGGAAAGUCUGAGGGCUAAUUUGGACGAAGAACAUAUUUAAUUGGGGCAUAGAUGACAGUUACAGCUAAAUUCUUCUUAAUGAAAAGGCAAGGGGGGGAGUUUUCACUUUUCUCUUGCUUAGCAAAGAGUUGUGAUCUGCUACCACACAUUCCCAUAAUCUCUCAGAAAAGAAGCCUCCUCUUUAAGCUGGCUGUGUAUAGAUAAAAAAACCCUCGAUCUGCUGGCUUAAACCCCCCUUUGGUGCUUUGGAAAGCACCAUAGCUCACAGGUGGAGUAUCUGCUUUGCAUGCAAAAGAUCUCUGUUCAGUCCUCAGCACCUCCAGGUAGGGCUUGGGAGGAAAACUUUCCUGGAAUGCCAUUACCAUACAAUGUUGGCAGUACAGAGCUAGAUGCACCAAUGGUAUGACUCUGCAUAAGGCAGUUUCCUAUGUUCCUUUGUAAGUUGAGAGAAAGGAACGGGUAUCGGCAGAAGCAUAGCGUGUGUGGGGCUAUUGGCCUGGAUGCAAAAUAAUUUAGGGAUACCACUGCAACUGCCAUCCCAGCCGGAGGUGCUCCCCAUCCCACAUGCCUCACCUGAUCAGCAUGCCAAGCAGCAGCUGGGAGAGGGCGAGCUCUUACAUCCCUCGGCCGUGCAACAUCCCCAACCAGUGGGAGACGCGGGUAGACAGCAAGCCUUGUGGUGGAGCCCCAGCCCAAGGAGGUGCACACGCAGGUCCUGCUGCUCUUCCGCAGCUCCAUCCGGCAGUAUGGAGUUAGGGGGGGGCAGAAUACUUUCCUUGCCCUGGGUGCUGGCAUCCCAUGCUAUGCUACUGGGUCUCAGGAACAGGUUUGUACAGGGGAGAAACAGCUGUGGGUUGUAGCUUGGAGGCAGCCCCCAGGCUGCUGAGUGAAAGCAGCUGGGUUAGUUAAAUCUUCCCAGUCUGUUGAUGGUUGGAGCGCGUUACGCUUUGCUGUGGUUUACUUUCUCACAUAUACCAACAAUCCACAAACAAUUACUUUUAAAUUAAAUUAUACCCUGCUGUUGCCCCACAGCAAAGGAGUUGCUCAAAGCAGCUUACAAAUGCAAACAUAAUAUUUCGGCCAGACUCGUGAUACUUUAGCCAUGCAUUGUUUGGGCAGCUUGUGCAAGACGCUGGGUAGGUAAUGGCAGAGCUUUCACACACACUUGUGAUGCCCGGUGGAUGAUGUAAGGCUCAUGGCUUCCUCCUUCCUAGCUGGACUGCCAACCCAUCCUCCCCAAGCAUGCAGGGCAGCUUUAAAUGAAAGUGUCUCCUUCUGUCCACUGCAGAGCUUUCAAACAGUAUUGACCUUCUGUUCCACUUUAUUGGCACUUCACUCCUGCUCUUUGGGGGCCAGGCGCUAUGCAGGUUAAAGAAGCAACUGCCUCUGGCCCCAAGUCAGCUGGAUUAUAAAAGAAGGAAGGGGAAUGAUUUUUGUGCAUGGUUACGGCCAGAGCGUGGAACAGAAUCACAGAUCAUUAAAAUAUGCUGUAUGCUCUAUGAAGUUUGCAAGCAGUGCUCUACAACGUGUACCAAUGGGCUCUUGGGUCAUUUAUAGCUACCAGUUGCCCGCCUCAAUCCCCAGCUGGUUUUCGAUGAAUCAGAGCACCCAACAACCAUUGCCUUUUCAUUCUGACACAAAGCAGUGAGCAGGAAGUGCAUCUCUGGCAAAAGUCAUGGUUGGAAAGCCAGUGGCAACAAAGGAAAUUCUCAUACGUUCUGUGUCAUGAAAUUCCUGAUAAAAUGGCCUUCGUUAGAUUGUGCGCUGCUUCAGCAGAGACCUGCUAUUUUUAUUUUUGUUUUAAAAAGGGUUGGUGGAGUAGGAGGUUUGGUGGUACAUAAAUCAUAAAUGACCCUAACUCUCCCCCAAGUGAAAACGCUCCGAUAGUUACAACAAGCCAGCGCUUGCAGCUUUCCACUACGGAGAGAUGUAAACAAGGUUUGUAGUUAGGCUUGUCAAUCAGUCUGUAGUUGUCUUUACUUGAGCAUAAAAAAGGACAUUUGUCACAAAGCUAGGAAUGCUCUGUGUGUGUGUGUGUGUGUGUGUGUGUAUGAGAGAGAGAGAGAGAGAGAGAGACAGAGAGAGAGAGAAUGAGAGAAUGAAUAACACUAUCUCUGCCCCUUUUCAUCAUGUAUCCCAUAGGCCAGAGUUACAAAUCAUGUGACUGUGCAUUAAUGUAGAGCGACACAGAACUGGAAAACAACCUACUGCUGUUGGCAAUUGGUACAGCAGCUCCUGAAGCUAGCUAGCGGGCAAAGAGUUUGAAUCUUACCAUUGACCUAAAUAUGCCAGGGCAGUUGUGGUUACAGUGCCUUCAGAUAUGAUGGCACCAUUCACUAAUUAGAGUCUCCUCAACAAGCAACAAAGGAACAAGAACCCAAAGCUCUGGAUGUUUCCCCAUUGCAACCCCCCACCCCCCAAUAAUGAAUUCGUUAUUUAAAAGCAAGAAAGCAACCCUCAUUAUCAUAUCUAGAAAAUUACCCCCGCUCCCCUGAACCGGCAAUUUGCCUGCCAUGCGGCUCCGCUCCGACUUGCCCAUUAAUUACAGGGAUGAAAAAUCAUUUAGAAGCCAGGAAAGGAAACUAAUUGGAUCUUCCCCCCAGUAAGAAUUAAUGAGAGGCAGAGAAGAUAUAACAAGGUGGGAUCCAGAAUCCAUAGUCAUUGGAGAGGUUCAAGGUCUGGUUUACCCUGGAUUCUUGCCUCCCUCCCAUCCUUUUUUUGUGUGCUAUAAUUUCCCUGCCCUUAUAGUUCUAACAAUGAUUCCCCCUCCUUCUGUCCUGUGAUCUUUACUAGCUGGGUCUCUCUCUCUCCUGUGCAUUCACCAUUUAGCUACACCUGACACAAGUGUGGUUCUAGUUGUGUUCUCUCUGGAAAACAGUGGAGUGUUUAGGAACCUCAGAAACAUCUCUGGAAGCCGUUUUAUGUAGGAGUCUGGGCUCCUGGUUUAACCCCCCCCCCCAUGCUAGGAGGAGGGAGUCUGCUCCAGUGGGGUGAAGUGCCACGCUGUCAGAGUCUCGUGUCUUAAUUGUAUGCACGUGCGGCUAAUCCUGCUCCUCACCCUGCUGAGAUGACGCCUUGCAUGUAAGGGGCUGCUUGCUCUGGGUAUCUGGGUCUGUCAUUUGUCUGCACUCUCACUACCAGAAGGAAAUGGCUCCAGAGAGCCAGGUUAUUCCCAUUGUCUUCUCAGGGGCUUUGUUAGCCUCGUCCCCACACAAAAAGCCAGUGUAGCAUGAUGGGUAAAAUGCCUGAAUGGUGAACUGGCAGGCCCCCCAGUUCAAAUCUCACCCCUGCUAUUAACUCGGCAGGGUGCUCUUAGGCAAGCCAUUCUCUCUCUCCUGCUCCUGUCAGCCCCGUCUGCAGUAAGUGGAUAACUAUACUGACCUGCCUUAUAGGGCUGGUGCAAGAUAAUGCUCUCCAAAGUCCUUUGAACAUUUGAAAGUGCUAUAUAAAGCAUGUGAAGCACUGUUAUUACUAUAGGCUAGGCUGGAGAUGCAUCAUCAGACCUCAGAGCAAAGCAACCUUCAUGAGAAUGUGACCGGGUGGCAUCGGAUAACAUUUGCUGCUUUGGAGCCCUGAGACCAAGGCAUCACUAUGAAAAGGCUGUGGUUCUGGGCCAUGCUGCCCAUGGAUCUGUGAGCAGGUUUUUCUUUUAGAUCAGCCUUCCCCAAUAUGGCGCCCUCCACUUGUUUUCAAACUACUGCUUCCAUCAUCCCCAGAUGGCAGGGCCAUUGGCCAUGAUGGCUAGGAGUUGUGGGAGUUCUCAAAAUUAUAUUGGAGAAAGUUGGGGAAGUGUGUUUUGGAUCUAAACAACUCUGAAGCAGCUCAGUUACAAUUGGAGGUGCAGUGCCGUGGCUCAGGGUAUUGUUAAGGCAUUAUACCUCUUUGUUUGUCUUAGAGGGAGCGAUUUAAGUUGGCAUUGCAGAAGGGUUGCCUCUUCCAGUUCUGCAGCCCUGAGCCAAACUGGGGCCCCCAUGGCCGCUUCUAAGUUUCAAACCAAAGGCUCAGUAGGUCUCCCUGCUGAUGGAUAUCUCACGUGAUGCCCAAUUUGGCCCGCCGGAUGGAGUUGGGAUAGGAGAUGGUUGCCCAAGAUUUGGGCAGCGAACCAUUACCUGCGAGGAGAGCUGCCACCUCUCCCUCUGUUCUGAUUGCUGCCCUGUGCCCAGAUCAGGUCAAUGCAUUAGAGGUGGCGUAGCUCCCAGCUGUGUCCUGACCUUCAUUGACAGGAAAGUGCUGAUGAGUGGGAAUCUGACACUGGGAUCUCGGGGGGACAAGAUUCAUUUCACAGUCCAUGCAGCCAGGCUAUCUAAUUUCCUUUGCCCUGUGCAUCUCUUAAGUCGCUCCUUGGGGACCACUGGCUCCACGAGCCUGCAAGUCUGGGGCUUUCUGCUACCAGGCACCGUGGCCGGGCCUAUGGACAGGUAAGCCAUGGCAGAGAAUAAUCCAGCUCCUACGAAAAACAGCAGUGACUCAAUCACGGAAGAGGCAGUGUGUGUGAGAGAGCACAUGUAACGCUAUGAAUAGUGUUCUGAUUCAGCUAGACGGACACAGGCCUCCCACAUACAAAGGCAGGCAGGCAGGCAGGCAUGUGACCAUGCUCACAAAUUAAAAUACACACAGACUUUGCAAGCACUUCAGUUAAUUUCAAAAUGGAUGCACUCGCCUGUAUUGUUUGUGUCUGAUCUGGAGAUAUUUCUGUGUGAGCAUGCUUGCUAUUUGGUUUUCUCUGCUUGGGUGCACGUGUGAUGAUAUCGGUGAUGUGGUAAUUUGCGCACUUCCCAGCUUACGAGGUGUGUGCGUGUGUAUGGGGCGGGGGCGGGGAAUGCAAGCUUCUUUAUAUGUCUGUUGCUGAUCAGAACAUAGGCAGCGGCCUUAUACCAGAUUCUUGAUCCACCUAGCUCACUAUUGACUGACUGGCAGUGGCUCUGUAGGGUUUCAGAUAUGGAACAUUCCCAUCCCAUCCCUACCUGGAGAUGCCAGGGGUUGAACCUAGAACCUUCUGCACUCCAAUCAGAUGCUCUACCACUGAGCUGUGGCUCUUUCCCUAAAGGAUGAAUGUGAGAAGUAGAACUUGUCAGCCCAAAGGUGUAUAAAUGUGUGUCUGUGUAAGAUUAUGAUAGGAUGCUAAGUGUGACAAGCUGCAUGAAGAUGGAUACAGGGAAAGAGGCACUUACCAGGUGUGUGGCUGAAGUAUAUUAGUAUCAUUGGGGGCUGUAUGUAUAAAAAACAAAGUAGGAGCAUAAGAGAAUCUUACUUUGUGUCUAGUUGCAUACGUGAAGGUGUGUGAGAGACAUUGAAGGUGUGCCCAGUGGUCAGGGCAUGCAUUAAUGGAGUCUGAGCAAGGCAAAUUUAUACUAAGCACACACAUAUGUGUGCUUUAUGAAGCAGCUCAUCGACCUGUGGGUUGCUCUUCCAGCGUGAAACCGUUCCAUCAUUACAACCUCUGUAAAUCUCUUAUGAUGGCAGCUGACACCUACCCUGUCACAUUAGGGUGAACAGAAGUGUACUACAAGGCCCAAACCAGAAGCCCUGAGUGGGGAGAAAAAGAUAAUGUGGCAAAGGCCUUGUCUUGGUCUCUGAGGUUGUGUUCAUAGGCCCUGUUUGUGCCCUAGCAGCCAUAUCUGCCCUGGUUUGGAAAACUAGGACCACCUCUAUGGCACAGAGCACCACAUAGUGUCAUUCCAGCAGAUGACCAUUAAACUAGGCAGAUUUCUUUCUGCUUGGAAUCCAGAUCAAUCCAUUCCAGACCUUUGUAGAAUUGGGAACAUAGGAAGCUGCCUUGUACCAAACCAGGCCUCUGAUCCAUCUAGGUGAGUCCUGUCCGCAUUGACCAGCAGCAACUCUGCAGGGAUUGAGGCACAGUAUGUCCCCCUCCUACCCGGAGAUCAAACCUGGGACCUUCUGCAUGCAGAUACUCUACCACUGAGCUACAGUUCUUCCCCUUGCUCCUUGUCACAAUAAUGGUCUAAAGCUCAAAGCAAGGUUAAUGUAAGUCCUAGCCAAAACCCUCUCCCCUUGGGGCUCUUGCCUGGAAGAGCUGCUAGCUGGAUGCAUCCGUUUUGCCUGCCUGUGUGGUUUGAGGUGGCAAGGAGUGAGGACUAAACAAAAUGCCUCUUCCCUUCUUCUCCAAAUACUAGGACUGUUGCCGGCUUAAGGAAACAAUAGUUGAUUAAUCAUGGAUUGACCAGUUGAAUUUGCAUGUGAGUUGAGGAAUUGCCCCAAAGCAAGCAAACAAACAAAAUGCAAAUCCUUGGUACUUGUUAGACGUAUAUGUAUAUGUUGUAUAUGCAUAUGUCGUAUGAGGUGUCAUUUUUUAAAAGAGGCAUUCCUUCAUGCACUCAUGGCUGGUGGGGCAGUGCAGGUGUGGGGCUGUGUUGUUCUCCUGGCUUCUUAACACUGCAAGUCACUGCUGCUUACGGGGAAGGAGAGGGGCAAGGCAGUGGGUAGCUUGGCCAACCCAAUAGUCCUGCUGCUGCACUGUCACCAUGCUGUGCUCCCCAUUGCUUUGUUCCUCCCAUUGUCUUAUCAGCUGCUGCUUCCUUCCUGUAUGGGGAACGGGGAUGAUAUAUAUAAAUAUAUAAAUGUGUGUGUAUGUAGUGUGUGUGAUGCUACCCACCUGCGUGUCUUAUAAUUACAUUCAAUUAAAAAGAAACGUGUUGGUUGCAUGUUUUUUUAAUUUACCCCCCCCCCACUUGCCUGAUUAAUCAGGGCAUCUUUUUAGUCAAUCAAAAUAGUUUUAAAUCAAUUAAAUGCUGCAGCCCUACUGCUAGCAUGUCAUCACCAGCACCUGCCACAGGUAGAGUCAUGGAGAGAGAAGGAAGAAGGGCAACUCCCAGGAAUGACUGGAUAACACACAGGAAGGAAGGGCCUGCGCCCAACCAGUUUCCUUUGAGCAGGUGCCGAUUCCCAUUUCCUUUCCACAGAAAAACCAAACAACAGCUUGACACACCACACAGACAAAAGGAGAUCCACAUGCAGCCUCCUGACUCACCACAAGUGUGUCACUCACAUGAAGUUGCCUUAUAGGGACUUUGGCCAUCUGCCCAUCUACUUAGUACUCCACAACAGCAAUGGCCAGUGCAGUGUGGGCAAAUCUGUGGAGCUGCUCUCCUGACACAGGUGUCUACAGCUUACCUGGAUGGGGAUGGGGCACGAUCGCGGCCACACAAUCCAUUACUCCCAUAAUGCAUCCAUGCUGCCCCAGUCCCGUCCAAAUGAGGUGCAGUGACACUGGUCUCGGGAGGGCAGUUCCGCCUCUCUGCCGCACCGCACCAGCCCCUACUGCUCCAGGGACGAUGUCCUCCAGAUAUUGUUGGACUGCAUCUCGCGUGAGCCCCAGCCAACAUAGCUAGUGGUCAGGGAUGACGGGAGCUGUAGCCCAACCACCUUUGGAGGCCACCUUGUUGGCAUUCAUCUGUCUCAGGAGAUGAUGGAGGAGUGCGCCUUUGAUGGUUGAAGUCAAACAGUUGGAGAAUUACAGCACCUGCUGUGGCUGUAGAGACAGAUAUGGGAGAGACAUGUUUUGUUGCAACCGGGGCAGGAGAUGACGUCAGGUUGUGCUGCUGCAGGUGUAGCAUGGUGUUUUUUCCCUCUCUAUGCUCCUCCCAGGAGGAUGGAGGGCAUCGCACAGGCUGUUUCUGCUCUACUCAGGCUGCCAGUAACUCCACAACGCCUUAGGCAGAGAUCUUCCCCAGCACUGCUACUUGAGAUCGUUCCGGGGGUGAACCAAGGACCUAAGGCACACGAAAAGCCUGUGCUGUGCCACUGAGCUAUGGUCUCCAAGCAGUCACACUUAAAAAAAUAAUCAUCAUGCAACUGUUCAGAUUAUUUCUGUUCCCUUGUUUCUGAGCCUGCAGAAUGACAGUAUUCCAGCUUUUCUCCACAGCUAGUGGGGCUUGAACACUAAAGUACCAGAUGACAAAAUUAUGAGAAUUAACACCCCAGUGGGAGUAAGCUUAGUCCUGCUGAUAAAAUGCCUUUGAAUUUGAGAGUGAAGCACUGAAAUCUGUUGCCUUUAUUGAGAAGUGAAAUUUUAUACAAGUGUUUUCAAAGAAUGAUAGGUUCUAUGGGUAAGGUUAUAUUUGUGCCAGCUAUUUUUCAAUGCUUACUUGUUUUCGCCGACUCCCACACAUGCGUGGCGAGAGCCUUAGAGGGUUUUGCACACACUGCGCCGGUGAGGUAGUCUGAUUCUACAGUAUUAAAUGAUGGCACCAAUUUGUUUCUUCUUCUUCUUCCAGCACUUCAUUGCUUUCAUAUGGAACAAUUAUCUAUUGCUCUUUGCUUCCUCUUUCCUACUGUAGGUCUGCAAAUCAGUGGUGUACUUCAAAAGCCUCACUGGGUCUCUGCAAAGGGCAGAAUUGUGUGCGCAGCAUAAUCAGGCAGGUCAUUAAAGCAGCUUGACCGGCACAGACAAUAGCUAUUUUUUUCUGUCUAGGAAAUUGAGCCAACAACUGUUUUUCAGAAGUCUUCUUUCACCUUUUCCCCAAAACGAGGACAUUCCUCUUCUAGUUUCAGUUGCAGCCCCCAUGUAUCCAGAGGCUAACUCGAUAAUACAGAUCGGAAAUAACAAAGCAGUUUAUUUUGUGUGUGUGUGUGUUUUUUAAAAAAAGGUUCUUAAGUAGCAGCAAAGCUAAGAAAAGAUGUAAAUUCCUAAUAACAGCUAAGGCAAAACAGCUAUCAAUCACUUUGCUGAAAGAAACCAUUCAGAGGGCAUACUCCCACAGCUGGCAGAGCACUAAGAUAGCUAUCAUCGGAUGAUACUUUCUGAAGCCUCAUUUUGGUGAUUCUUUGAAAAGCGAAGCAGGGGGAGGAAUUUGCAAACACAUCUAGCUAGAUUUUAUAACCAGAGUGGCAAAAUGAAUAUGCAAAUACACAAGAGUAGUCAAUAAUUUGCUUCUGUAAUACAUUUGUAGGUCUUGUGGGCAUAUCCAAGUAUUAACAGCAUCCCCAGUGCUAUGUUACCAGGUAAAAGUCAGCUUGGACCAAUAAGUUACUGUGGGUUUCUAAGCCUGUGCACCAGCUGUCCUUAUUCUGUAUUCCAGCUCAUCUCCCUGGUUAAACCCCGACCUUCUUAAAAAAAUAAAUCUUUAUUUUCCCUUUCAAGAGUGAUUUUGGUGAUUUCUUUUAAAAAGCCAGUGUGUGCAUGCAGGUACCAUAAUCCUGUUAGGUCUCUCAGCUCCCUUCUCUGUGUCUCUAGACAUUAAAUAUCUGAGUGGGGAUCAAUGUAUCUUGAUUCUUCUCUUCAUUGAAGUCAAUGCACAAAAUUCCUCUGCACUGCUUCCCUUCUGUUCUUCGGUGUAAUCUCAUACCAAGAGAGUAAAUGCUGCUCAAUGCGUUUGAGUUUUGGGUAUUCCAUGAUAAACACAGGCAAAAGAACCAUUGUGAGAUUCUUCUUGUUGUUGUUUUAAAAAAGGAAGUACUUAUUUCUGGUCACUUUACUAACACACCUGCUUCAGAAACCAGGGCAAUGCAGGUUUCAGCAGAGUCCAUGAACACACCAUAUAGGAAGCAGAAGCAAACCUCCAGCAAUGUGUAAUGAGAGGGCAGAGUAGGACUAAGGCAAUUGGCCAUUAGUGGGAGAACAGGAAUGUUUCAUGGACACAAAAAUAUACUCGUUUGCAUUUGUGAAAUACUACAGGGUAUGUGUAGGUAAACUCUGAGAGAGUUGGGGAAGGUGGGUGGGAGUGGUGGCUGCAGAUGGAGGAGUGGGAUUGUGGGUAGCAGAAGACCUUUCCUCUGAUCUCCACCUGAAGGUUGUGUGUUGGACACAGAAGUAGAAUCUUGGUGGGGACAGACUACCAGUAGCACAUAACUCCAGUGCUUAAAAACUUGCACAGGUUGCCCAUAAGAUACUGGCCCAGGUUCCAAGGUUCUUGUGUUAAUUUACACGGCCCUUAUAUUAUACAAGGGAUUCAUUGGGCUGAUUUGCGUCCCUUCCUUCCCUCUCACAGGCUACAGCCCCUGUUGUCGCAACCUGAUGUGCAGGGAUGGGAUACCUGUGGCCCCCCAGAUGUUGACAGCUACCAUCAUCCCUGUUCAUUGGCUUUGCUGAUUGGGUUGGAUGGGAGUUGGAGGCACAUGUUACCAUCCCCUGUUGUAAUGGCCGCCUGGGCCAUGUCUUUGAGAUAGUGGGAAUAAUAUACUGUACCGUAGUUUAAUGUGAUGGGCAUAGAAGGUACCAGGUUCUUGACAUACCUGGUUACAAGUAUCUCAGGUAGCAAAAGAGUCUAGAAAGCUGCAGUUGGUCAGAGUAAUAGCAAAUGCUGAGUUAGGUGAGCCUGGCAGUAAAGGACACGAGUGUCAUCUAUCCACAGCCUCCUUGCCAAUUAAAACUGAAAGGCAGGUUACACAUAUUUUAAAGUAAAUUAACAGAGCACUGUUUGUUUAUCUUGUUAUUAUUAUUAUUUUAAAAUUUUAAAAUUGUGGUGCAGGUAGACAGAUAUAGAGUUAGACAGAAAGAUAUAGAGUUAUUUAUUUUUGUGUUGCUUCAGUGUGCACCUUAUGUGUUAAAGUCGCUUCAUGACUAAAAUCUCCUGGAAAGGAGAAGAACCUGGGGUUGUUUGGGACAUUUUUUAUGCUUUAAGCAUGAACUCAGCUGGGAAACACCGGACAAUCUACUCUUAGCCACAUAGAAUCAUAGAACUAUAGAGUUGCAAGGGACAUAGAGAGUCUCCUAGUCCAACCCCCUGCAAUGCAGUCAACUCUGUUCCAGUAAACUGGGAAUAAAAGCGCAUAGCCCUCAUAUGGUUGCAUGCCACCUGUUGUAUGCUACUCUGGAAUCAAUUUGGAAGAAGGGCAAUUCAGAAAUAUUUUAAGUAAACAAAUGAAAUGGUUUUUGUGAGAAUGAGCUUUUUAAAAUAAUAAUAAUAAUAAUAAUAAUAAUAAUAAUAAUAAUAAUAAUAAUAAUGUGCUCUACAUGCUUACAGUCAAAUAGAAGUGAUUACUAAUAAAUUGGUGGUUCUUCCUCCAGGGUUUUGGAUUGAGUAAUUUUGGCUCCUUCCCAGCCUGUUAGCAAAGGUGUUACAAAUAGGAGAUUUUCCUUAGCCUCAACUGGUUUCUCAUUAUGGCACUAUUUUUAGCUCCAUAAUGAGGCAUACAUGGCAUUAAAAAUACAAUUGCAAAGUUGCCAAGCCAGGAUCCCCCACCAAAGACUGACAGUCCUAUGAUGGCUCCCUCAUACUGGGGGAAUAAUCCACACAAAUGUGUCCUUAUGCUAUAAUACGUACUAACACCUGAUUUAUUCUGACAUAAUUAUGUUUCUACGUCUUCAAAUAUAGUUCUCAGGAGAUGGGAGCGGAUUUUUUGUUUGUUUGUUUUUGGGUUUUUUUUAGUGGAAGAGCAGCUGGGAGAGGGUAGUGUUGACUCCUGUCCACUCCUGCAGCCCUCCCCUGUUGCUUUUCUCUAAGCAGAGCACAUUUCCAGUCACGAGGGCUAUAUCCAGUGCUCCAUGCAUGUAGUUCUGCUGGCACAAUGGGACUUCCGUAUGCUCUGUUCUGGAGGGCCCCCCAACCUCCCAGAGCCAUUUUUCAGCUCAAAACAGUCAUCUCCCACACCUCUUACUUUACAUGUGUUUGGCAGCAAUCUGUAUUUUAAGAAAUGGGAUCUACUGCCAUCAGGUCAAGGGUGGUUUGUAGGGUGGAGUUGGCCUCCCCACCGUGGCCACACUGCUGCUUACUGGGAUGGUGUGGAGGUGCAUCAGCGAGGUAGGAGCAACAUGGGCACACCAUUGGGAUUGCCAUCUUGGGUGCACCUGCGUCACUCUGACCUCACCAUCACCAUGCUAUCCCGGUAAGGAGCAGCAAUCCCGCAGCACUGCUGUACCCUGCCAACAGCUGCUGCAUCAAGUGCCAUCUUGCCCUAAUUCCCAGCAGUAAGUGGUAAUGGAUUCUUUGGAAGGGUCAGCCAGAGACGGAUGGGAGACUUCAUUGCCAUCAGGUAGCUUGUUUUUCAAGGCUGGCAAUCAUGCAUUCAGGAAGCCUGACUGGCUGCCCUUGUGUAGGCUUUCCUAAGAGGCAAUAUGGACAGAACCACUUCAGACAGCAAAUGGAGGGGUGGAAUAUGGGUACUCAACAAAGCACCCAACAAUGAGUAAAAAACAAGAACAAAGCAAAAUGAAAAACCCAUCCUUUCAGCAUGUUAGGCUCUAGCCUUCCUUUGGACACAUUAAUUUAGCAUGUACAACAAGGUUUUAUUUACAUCAGGGAGGGGGAUUCUCCUCAAUCCCUCACUUGCCGCCUGAAAUGGUAUAAUCCAGAAACAGUGAUGUGGCAGCUGCCAAUGGUUUGUUUUGCCUCUCAUGUCUGGUUCAACAAGAAGUUGGGAGCCAGUUUGCGCAAAAGCUUUGCUUGCAGGGAGUGGUCUGCUCAUUGCAGCUGGUGUGCAAUGCCAGUGAAGUAUGCAAGAUCUUGUGCCCCUCCUUCUGUUAUCCGAUAAAUUUCAAGUUGCCAUUCUCCAUUUCACAGAAGGUGAGUCAACGAUCUCAUCUCGGUUCAUGCAUGGCACUGCUCACGCAAACCGAUCGCUCAUGGGCAGAGCUUUUGUGCAAGUUGGCCUCCAGCACCUCACUGGAAUUAACUUUAGAGCUGCUGUCCUAAACAUGCUUACCAUGGGGAGUAAGCCCCAUUAAACUCAGAGGGACUUAAGGUUUCAAUCAACAUUCAUAGGAUUAAUCUGUAAGUCUUUUCUGGACCCUGUUUUAAGAGCUGUUUAGCACAUUGCGCCAUUGAAGCACCAGCUUUGCCAGAAUGUAGACUCAGAAGUAAGGAGCUGCAGCCAGUCCUGGCUUGCUGGUGAGUGUGCCUGGGUGAUAUACGAGAUCACCAUCUUCAUCUUUUAAAAUUUCAAGUGUCUGUUUGAAACACCAUAUAAUCACAUUUUUAAAAAAUAGUGCAUGAGGCGGCUCUUUCCACUUCAGAGGGGUUGUUGUGUUCACCUGCCACUCUCCAUCUGCACAUGCCUUCUUCCUGAGCUUGGAAGCUGUGCUCAGGUUCAUGCCUGAUUGCCCCUCCAUGAUGCAGAGGCUGACUGGGUGCACUGGCGGAGGAAGAGGAGUGGGGGGGAGCAGCACACCACCCCCGGCAGCGCGAUCCCCAGGGUGCCAUCCUGGCUGCCUCCCCCGCCCACUGCGCGCACCACCCUGGGACACAUGCCAGCCCCGCCCCCACCUGCUCUCCGCCCCCGGUGCCGGAGCAUGAAGCUCCUCCACUGACUGGAUGUCCUGACACUGUCCGGUGGCAACUUGGCAGAGCAGAAUUGAAGGUACCGUGGAAACUGCAUGGUUAGGAAUGCCAGAUAUCUUGAGGAAUGUCAGAUCAGGAAAGAUACUGUGCCAAGGGAAAAGCAGGGGCUCUUCAGGGGUGGCAGCUGCAUUGUAAUGGAUGCUAAUUUUAAGGUUUGAGAGCAAGCCCUACAGUUCGAAAUAUUUGCAUGCAGCAACGGGGGACGUAAAAACAAAAUGCAUCUUGAUUAAUCUCUGCGUUGGAAAACCAAGCCACAAAUGUGUUGCAGCUGCAAAGAGGGCGCUAGCAUCAGUUGGCUAUAUUUGGGCAUGGUCUGCCCAAUAGGAAUAGCUUAAGGGAGUCUUCUGGCCUUCGACAAGGCACUGGGUGAAGCCCACAUACAGCAUAUUGUUUCUUGAUCACCUAUGUACAAGAAGGGAUGAAUUCACAGUAGGAAAAGUGCAAAGGUAAGCAAUUGCUGUGAUUACAGGAAUGGAUCGUUUAUCUUAUGUGGGGAGAUUAAAGAGCUUGCCCUGUUUGACUUAGAAAAAAGAAAGAAAGGCUCAGUGGAUAUAUAAUAGCAACUUUUCUGUAAUUAUUUGCAAGGCUGCGCUGUGAAUUUUUGUUGCCAUCUAGUUAUUGCUUCAGGUGCAGCUCAUGCCUUCUCCCAAGGCCUCCCUUCUUUCCCUGAACAUUGCAAUUGUAGAACUAGAGCCAUGUUUUCAGGAAACUCCCCAAAGUUUCCAGGGAACUAACUGACCGUGUCAUAUUUGCGGUUAGGAAGAAGCUUUCUCCUAGGCAAGAGGGGCUUGUAGGUUGGCCCCAGAGAAGCUGCUUCUCCUUGCAGCACAUAGCCUGGUUCAGUCACUUGGAUCCCACAGACCUGUUUGCAUUUCCACAAUCCGUCCUGCAGAGUUCCUGGUUUCUGCUAGUGGUGCACAGCAACCCAGAGUGUGUAGGCUUAUUUGUGAGGACCUGGUGGUUGGGUGGCUAUGGCGAGGAAACUUGAUCUAGGCUUUUGUUUCUUUCAAUCUAGGAACAUAGGGAGCUACCUUAUAUCAUGCCGGACUGUUUAUUCAUCUAGCACAGAUUGUUUUAUUCUAUUGGCAGCGGAUCUCCAGGGGCUCAGGCAUAGGUCUUGCCCCUUCUCACUUGCUCCCUGCCCCCUUUGGCAAGGAUUGAACCUUCUGCAUGGAAAGCCACUGAGCUUGUGGCCCCUCUCCUGUCAUUCUGUGGUCUGCUGCAGGGAUGGGGGUCAGGAAUGAUUGGAGUUGUUGUCCAACCACAACUGGAGGGCCCCAGGUUAGCCACCCCUGUUUCAGUCAUUAAUAUUUGUACAUUUUUGCUCUUUUUCUGUCUCAGAACAUUUUGCCCUUGCCAUCCAUCACACCUUUCCUGCUGCAGGAGUCUCUCUCACACAUGUACUCUGCGCUCCAGUAAACUGGGCAUCAGAGGCGAGGACUCUGUGAGUUCUUUCUCAUAGCAGCCAGACACAGGAAGUAUUUUUCAUUCUUUAGUUUCUCUCGAGAGCUGGUGGACUUGGCCUUCCCUAUGUUCCCAGGCAUGACAGGAAUACAAUGCACUGCUGAGAAUCUAGAGCCCUUUGACUUCAGCCUCCUCUCAAAGAAAUAAUGCAGUGUGCCGUCAACCCAGACUCAGACUCACACUCAAAGAACAGCAGACCUUGAAAUAACCUAACAAUGUAGAAAGGUCUGUGUUGAGGCUUAAGGAGGACUGUCCACAAGGUUGGGAGAACAUCAGCUGAGCUGAGGAAAACCUCCUCCUAGUCGUCGUCAUAGCCCUUCUCCUUCUUCUUCCCUGCCCAUCUGACUGUGUCGCCCCAGCAACAACACAUCAGAACAUUAAAAAGUGUACCAAUACAGGGCUGCCUUCAGUUGUCUAUGAAAGGUGGUAUAAUUAUCUCUUUGACAUCUGACUGGAGGACCUUCCAUAAGGCGGGCAUGACUACCAAGAAGGCCCUUUGCCUGGUUCCCUGUAACUUCAUUUCCCGCAGUAAGGGAACUGCCAGAAGGUCUUCAGAGCUGCACCUCAGCGUCCAGGCUGAAUGAUGGGGGCAGAGACACUCCUUCAGGCAUACUGAGCCAAAGCUGCUCAGGGCUUUAAAGGUCAGCACCAACACUUUGAAUUGUGCUUGGAAACAUACUGGGAGCCAAUGUAGCUCUUUUAGGAACAAAAGAAGCUGCCUGGUCCACCUAGCUCGCCCUUUCUUAACCUUGGGUCCCCAGAUGUUGUUGGACCACAACUCCCAUCAUCCCUGACGACUGGCCCUAGACGACUAGCUAGGGAUGAAGGGAGUUGUAGUCCAACGACAUCUGGGGUUGAGAAAGGCUGAUCUAGCUCAAUAUUGUCUGUACUGACUGACAGCAGCUCUCCAGGGUUUCAGACAUUCUGCAUGCAUUGAGCUAUGGCCCUUCCCCUUGGAGAGCUCUGUAACGAGGAUAUUAUAAGAACUGGAAAAAUGAUGGUAAGCACGAUUGUAUCUGGAGUGACUUGAGCACUUUAAGAAAUGCAUUAUGCUGCUGCUUCCUACCUGGCCCUCACUCUGUAUGCAGAGUAUGUUUCAAGCAAAGAGAAUACCAUCCCCCCACCCUGCCUUCCCCCAGCCACCCCUUUCCCAGACAGUGCCAGAUCACUCAGUUCCAGCUUUCAGGGAGCUGUAGGUCUUCUGUGGAUUUAUGAUUCUAGUGCCUCCAUGCAAAUGAGCUAUGAGCAAAUGCCUUUUCUUGGCGCAAGAACUAAUCUGCGGUAGCACCAUAUCACCCACAACAAUGGUACCACCGAGCUGACAAGGAAAUUUAGCAUCUGUUGUGUCCCAGCUCCAUUUCGGCCUGUUAGUGAGAAACGCUCCUUCAGGCAGUGGUUCCAGCAAACAUAAAAUCAGCCUUCAUGAGUGCCACAGAAAAUGGAGAGGCUGCAGAACUGAAACGUGCAAGGAAAUAGACCUGGCCCUGCCUUAUUUUAAGCCUGAGCCCCUAGCCUCUGGCGCUCUCCUGCUAUUGCCAGUGAACAACAUUUUUUUUAAAGUGUCUUCAGUGAGCUGAGGAUGUAAGCAGUCAUAAUCUUCGCGUUUGUAACCUACGUGAGGCAGGGUGGUGGGAUGCGAGAGAAAAGUAAGGGAUAUGAUAAAUAAAUAAGCUUUCAGGUGUUCAGCCCCCCCCCAUGUGAUUCACACUGUAUGAGGGAGAGAGCAUGGAUGUGCUGGCUGCCCCCCUCCCAUCAUGUCCCCACACCUGGCCAUGCUGCCCUCCACACGUUGGAAGACAAAUGCCUGCAGUGAAGAGCUGUGCUGCGUUUGGGGACGCUCCCAGUGUAAUUUAGGCUUCCAGUGCAUGGAGGUCAGCAGGGCUAGGCAGCAGGAUAACCAGGGAAGGGAAGGGGCCAUCCCUACUCUGUCCCUACUCUCCCCCAUGCAAUUCUAAUUGUUGAGGGGACUGACUGUCCCAAUAGGCCUGUGGUGGAAAUGGAGUUAAGCAGAGGAGAGGCACUGGAGUGUGCAAGCGGCAGGAGUCUUAAGGCGGUUCAGUAAAAGGCAUUGCUGGGUUUUGAGGAGCUACUUGAUAGAGGAUCGGGAAGUGGACUGAUGAAGAGGAAAAGGGAGGGAGGCCUGUUUCUGGCAGAGGAAGCAAUGUGGGCAGGAAGGCACCCAGCGCCCCCACAUAAAGUGUUGCCACAGUGUGUGCAGUUCUGGUCACUCCAUCUUGAAAAGGAUAUCAGAGAGCUGGGAAAGUGGCAAUUCAAUAAAUCAGUCAAGGCUUUGGAAUACCCUUUCUCCGAGGAAAGGCUAAAGAGUCUGGGGCUUUUUAGUUUUUGCUUUAGUUAAAAAAGAAAAAGAAAAAGAUGACUGAGCAUGGACUUGACAUUAUAUAAUUAUGAAUGGUUUGGAGAGAGUAGCCCCCAUCUUCCUCUCUCAUAAUAUUAGGACAGACAAAAUGAAGUACUUCACCCAGUGCAUAAUUAACUUAUGAAAUCCACUACACAAGAUGUGAUGGUGGUCAUUAUCUUAGAUUGUUUUUUUAAAAAAAUAUAGACAAAUCCACCAGUGAUGGUUCUUUUAACAGCUAUUACCUAUGUUAUUUAAACCAAACCUCUUGUGCAUUAUUAUUAUUAUUAAUUACUAUUACUGUUAUUUUUUCUAGUGUUCUUUGGGAGUAUAGCUUUGGGCACUGGGUGCUGGGGACAAACAACAUUACAUUGAGUUAAGGGGCUAUCCAUCCCCUUCAUGACUGAUCCCACGGUCGUAGGCAUGCAUACUCAGAAGUAAACCCUAAGUCAUUCAGUUUGGUUUCCUCCCAUGUAAAGGGUGCUUAGGAUUGCACCCUUACAGAGCAAUCCUAACUAGGGCCAGAGAAGAUGGGAGUGCUGAAGUCGCUGCCACAUCCCAAGACCUGCUAGCUCUUGCUAGUCAGGACAGAAGGAGAUGGGGCAGGGUUGUUGUUGUUUUAGUUUCCAUUUUACACUCUGCCAGCUCCAGGGCUAGCACAGCAGAAGGCCUCAGGAGAUCUACAGGGUAUUGGAUCCCCUGGAUCCAAGGCCUCAGUGCCAGUGUUAGAAAUUCAGGUAUAUAAGCUAGGCACCAAAUGGCUCCUUAAACCAGGGUUACAAUUGCCAAAACAGUAUGUUCAGUUGCCAUUUUUGAGCAAGACAGCCCUAAAGUCUUAUUUUUCAAAUGUUCAGAUGACAACCUUCAUCUGGGUUAAAAACUUUGAGAACUUAAAGAAGAAAUGUCACUCUAUCGAGGGAAAGUCCACAUAUAUAUGUGGCCUAUUCCCACAGCAUGUGAUAUUAGUGUGUGAACACUGUCCAGAUCCAAGGAUCCCCUGGCAUGCACCUCCAGAUGUUGGAGAUGACAGGCACCACCUUGGCACCGAGACAUCUUCACUUGGUUCCAAGUGGCCGAUAAUCAGGUGCAGAAUGUGCCUUGCGUCUGACUAGUUUUUGAACACUGCCAGCGCCCUGCCCUGAAAUGCUGUCUUUCAAGACUUUAAAGCCUGUGGGAAACCCACUGGGAGAACCUUCCCACUUGCUUAAACAGAGCUUGGGUCUCUGUCAAAGUGAAGAUCACCUGCCCUCCAUCAGUGGUGCUCCUCUCUGCUAGCUGCGGCUAGAGCUCCUGGAGGUGUCUGGGUGUCCGCUGCUGGAAGCAAAAUCCCAAAGGAGGUAGAAUUCCAUUUUUGUAGAAAUGGAAAGGAGAAAAAGAGUUAAAGUGGGCUUGGAAACAUUUGGGGUUUGUACAGAGAGUGUACAUUGGGAGUGAGUAGGGACAGGAGUGGAGGCUUGGACAGCUUUCAGCAUAAGGACUAGAAAUGUGGGGUUCAUGCAGAGAGUUAUAGAGACUCUAAAGUAGGCAUAUAGAAAGAAGUGGUAGAGGCGAACAGCAAUAAGCUUCACCCUCACUUUGAAACUUUGCAAGCAUCCUGUCCUGUCCCCGCCCAGUCCCACCCAACCACCUACUGCCUCUGCCCCCCAAUUUCUACCUGCAGCGCCACUGCCGUCUUAGCUCCCAUACUGGCACUCCUAAAUCCUGACCUGCUGGAGCCAUUUUUAAGCCUGGGGUUAAUUGAUUUGAGACCAUCCCUCUCUUUUGUCCUUUAUUUACUACCUAAAAUCUCAUUAAAAAUAAACACAAUGGAAGCGGAAAGGAAAAGCUCAAGGGGCAAAGUAGCAACACCAGGCAUUAUGAAGCAGUGGAUUAAAAAGAACACAGCAAAACAAUUUCCUGAUUCUUAUGUAGCAGAGCAGAGCUGCAAAGCUUCCACCUAGGAGGGGAGCCAUCCCAGUGUGAGACGCUGUUGCAAUGACACCACAGCCUGCGCUUGAAGAGAGACCGAGACAAUGGCGACUUCAAACCUUGCCCACAGACUGCAAUUAAAUCUCCAGAUUCCCUUUCUGGAUCUCAGUGUGUGUGAAUUUCCCAACGCAAAUGUCUGCCAGGAAGGGCCCUUCAUGUAUCUCAGAGGGACCAUGAGUCACUCAGCUCCCAUGCAUGUGGGCAAGAUUACUUUUAUCUCCUGGGCUGCCUUUAAACAAAAUCCCAUUCUGCUUGCUGCAGGGAGGCAGUCAUUUGUUAUAUUUUAUUUAUUUUAAACCACUUCUGCACCGCCUUUCUCCUUUAACAAAAGCACUCACGGGAGCUAACAAAAUUAAAAGUCAGAUAUAAACAUAAAAUCAACAAUUGAACCACUAACAUUAAAGCAACAACUACGAUAGCAGCAAGAGCUUAAAUACCAAAAAUCAGCAAGGAGGCACGGGAGGAGGAGGAGGAGAAAAAAACUAACAGUGUCAGAAUCCGGCUAAGAGCCCCACCUCACAUGCAAGAAGAGGAGAGGAGAAGCAAUGAGGUGACAUUACCUUCCUGAGGAAGAACCUCCAGAGCUGGGGUGGGGAAUGUAUAUCCACACACCCUGAUGUUGCUGGACAAUAACUCCCACCGUUCCUGACUGUUGGCCCUGCUGGCUGGGGACUCAUGGGAGUCCCACAGCAUCUGGAGGGCCACAAGUCACCCAUCUCUACUCCAGAAGCUGGGUACCAUGAUUGAAAAGGCUGUGGUUCACUUCAUGUCAGAUGGCGGGUGAAUACCAAGCAGGGCCUCAACAGAAGGCCAGAGGGAACAGGUGGGCUUGUAUGGGAGGAGACGGUCCUUAAGAAAACUUGAACCCAGGUCACUGAAGCAGGGGUGCCAACUUGAAUAAAAUAUUGGGGGCCCCAGGUAGGCCUCGCCUUGCAUAAUCGAUCACAUGAUGUGGUUGGUGCACAUGCUCCAUUUGAAUGGCAAUGACCAUCAACUUUUGGGGGGGCCUGGUCCCUUCAAAUAUUUUAUUGGGAGGGGUGAAGCCCCCUCAGCCCUAGGAGUUGGCUCCUAUGAACUAAAGGUAAAAGCCAGCACCUUGAAUUGGCUGUGGAAGCAACUAGGAAGCUGAAUUGAAAUAUUAUUAUUAUUAUUAUUAUUAUUAAUAACAAUACUAAUACAAACCUUGAGUGGAAGGGACACCUCUUACAGAUCGAACUGCUAUAUAUGGACUUGCAUUAGCUCUCCUUGCUGGAGGAGCCUGCUUUUCUCCCAGUUGUGCCUUUGCCUCUGGAGAGGCUCUGGCUUAGAGAAAGGGCUGCUCUCUGCGUCUGCAAAGGUUCUGGUUGCUGUGGCCCAGGGGUGGAGAAUCCUUUCUCUGCCCAAGGGUGACAUUCCCUCUUGGCCAACCUUCUAGGAGCCAGAUCUCGGUGCUGGGCAAGGCCAGAGGCAAAAGUGGGCAGAGCAAUGGGCGUAAAUUUAACCUUUACACAAGGUUAAAUUUAUGCCCAUUGCUCUGCCCACAUUUGCCUCUAGAGUAGGCUAGUUUCUGCAUGCACGCCAUCCAGGACUGCAAAAUGCAUUAUUGGGGUUUGGGGACAUGUAGGCCAGGCAAAAACACGCAAGGAAGGUAGUCAGGAUCCUGAGAGCCAGAAUUUCCAUCCUUCCUCUAACUCACCAAAGCACUAAUCCAGAAAGGAUCAAACAUUGCCUGUGUAUGAUUCCUAUGUGUCCCGUCCCCCCCCCCGCCCCCGAGCCACUUGGAAAAUGGCAUUACCAGAGUCAAGACAGAUCCAUGCCAGUUCUCUGAUCUCCUCAGUGCAAUGUUAAAAAGACCCUUUGGGACACUCAAGCCACUUCACAACACCUUGUGGGUGAAAGAAGCACCUCUCAUCAUCAGGGAAAUGCCCUGUUAGUUUCUUGGGGGUAGGAUAAAGAUUCACAUUCUAAGAAGGGCAGGCCAUACAAACAUGCAAGCCAGUGUGGUGUAGCAGUUAGAGUUUUGACUAGGACCUGGGAAACCAGGGUUCAAAUCCCCACUUGGCUAUGAAGCUCCCUGGGUGACCUUGAGCCAGUCACUGGCUCUUAGCCUACCUCACAGGUUUGUUGUGGGGACUAAAUGAGGAAGUGGGGACGACACAUCUUGAGCUCCUUGGAGAAAAAGGUGGGAUAUAAAUGCAAUAUAUAAAGAAAUAAGUCACACACUCCAUGCAAGGGCUAAGAAUCCAGCCUCCCUUCUCCACUAGCCCUCAAAUAUUUUCCCCAACCCACCUGCCCACCUACAGAAAAUUCAGGGGAAAUCCUGACUCUCAGUCUCAUCAUGCUCAGCCAGAUUGUGCCUCUCCCACUCUGAUCCAGUCCUUGAGAUGGCUUUUAACACGCCAGUAAGCUAAUCGGCAUUUAUGCUGUCAUCUCAGUCAUCGCUGGAGUCGCAACUACUGUUUACGCCACCAGCUCUGUCAGUGGACCUGCUACCCAACUGCCCCAUGCUUAAUUUUAAUUUCAGGUAGGAGUAGCUGGUUGAUGCAAAGGUGGUGCCUGCAAGCGGGAUGAAGACCACAUAGUUGACUUCUAAUUUUACAUGUUGUGGCUCUCCAAUGUCCAUCUUCCUAAUGGCUUAUUAUUUAAGUAAAACAGAACCAAGUAGUUUGGGUUUUCUGAGUAACGAACGGCAAACAUUUUUUAUAUUUAAAAAUGGAAUUUUUUUUAGAGAAAAGGGAACAGAACACAGAGUCAAGCAUAUAUGAAGAAUACAAAAUAGCAAGAUUGCUUAGCUGAAGCUCUGAUUUAGCUGCAGAUGGAAAGUGCUAUUGAAUCAAAGCAAGGUACUUGCAUGACGAUGUUUUUAUUUGUUUGCUUUUUGGGGCAAUCCAUUCUUAUGGAGCAGUAGUUCUUCUCCAAGAACAAGUUACAGUUUCUUUGAGGGGAGAUACUGCAUCAGCCUCCCAAGCUGCUGCCAUCAGCAAGAAAAACGACAACCCAUAACCUGGAUAGUGGAGUUUGUGUAUGUAUAUAUAGCCUCUUUGUGCACUUGAUUGUAGUUCCGUUGUUGAUGUGGCUGUUCAUACUUCGCAUCUUGCACUUUCAUUAUUUUGCCAUGAAAUGAAGUGAGUAUCUCAUUUACUGCUCUUCUUUUAUCACACAAUCAAAAGAAAACAUGAAGAGUAACAAUUGGAGAAGCCCAUAUUUUACACUGUGUUUUCCUCUCCCUGUUCCUCUAGCCACUCGUGGCUUGCAAAAAUCGCAUAUUGCUGCUCUGUCGGUUGUUCUCAAUGGACGAUACUACCAGCAUUAAAAUGCUGCACUUUACACUUAUUUCUGACCAGAUUAAUACAUCCACUUAUGAGUUGGCAAACCUUCUCCGGAGCUUGGCUACACAUCCUGCUUUCUGGGAUUACAUCUUUCCCACUCAUCUAUCUUUUUAUUUUUGUGCUCCUCGUACACAUAGACUGUUCCUGGGCUGUUGUAAUGAAGAUGUUAUUUGUUCUAGAAUUAGAAUUAGCACAUUUUGAUAGCUGUAUUUGCACAGCGCAUGCCAAACCUGUGCUUAAGGUUUGGCAUAUAUUGUGCCAGGGAGCCGUCAAAAUGAGAUGUGAACAACACCAAACAGCGCACUUGCGUUCCAAUCCUUGGCCAUUGCCAGUCAGGUGUGUUUCUCUUGAUGCCUAAAGCUGUUUGUUCAAAUGAACUGUUAGCACUGGUUCAACAACUUAUAAGUCCCUAGCAGGGGAGUAAUACCCUCAUUGCUGUCCUCUUUCCUCGUGUGAACAUUCAUAUGGAAGGAGGGUCCAUUCUCCCCGCUUACAGAAGUGCCUCUGUUCUUGGUACAGAGGGUAUGCCUACUUCCUCUGAGGGAAUCUCUGGGAUAUGCGACUUCACUGAAAGCUGUCCUACUUAGGAAAAAAAUACCAUACUCCCUAAUACUGUGUACGGCUAUUCUUAAAACAUGUAUGAGCAGUACCAUAGUAAUAUAUUCAUGUCUGUUUGAUAGCCUCGAGGGCAGAGAUGGCCAAUGUGGUGCCCUCAGUCCCAUCAGUCCCACCCAGCGUGGUCAAUGGUCAAGGGUGAUGGAAACUGCAGUCCAGCAAGAUCUGAAGGGCACCAUAAGGAGAAUUACUUGACACCAUUUCGGCUAUAUUAUUGUGAUUGCAUUCACAGGAGGCAAUGGCUAUUGUUUUCUCAGGUGUUUAGUUUAAGGUGCAUUGUGCAUGUUCACACUCCUGUCUCAGUGACGCCUAUGCUGACUUGGUCAUGUUGGCAGGAUGGAAGAUUGCAGGAUCCCCAAGGACAUGCUCUGCAGGGAGCUGGUUUCUGGCACCAGGCCCAUUGGAGGACCAACUCUGUGUUACAAAGAUGUCCGAAAAUGUCAUGUGAAGGCUGGCGACAUCAACCAUGCCAUGUGGGAAUGCCUUGCAGAUAUCGCAGUGCCUAGAGGCAGACAGUCAGGUCAUGCAUGCAUAACAGUGACCAGAAGAGGAAUGACCACUGGAAGGAGUGCAGAGAUGCAGGAGUGCAGACACACCAUGAUACAUCUGCAGCAGCAGAACCGGACACCUUCAGCUGCCCCAGCUGCAACAAAGCAUGUCUCUCCCGUAUUGGUCUCUGCAGCCACAACAGGCAUUCCAACACUUUGACUUCACCCGCAAAGGCACAUUCCUUCAUUGUCCCCUGAGACAGACGGAUGCCAACCCAGCUGUCCAACCCAGCUGUGCAACAAGACGUUUCAGGAGUAUAUCAUGGCUGCUCAAACCAUGCCUGUAUUCCCACAACAACCUCGUUUUGAAGGCUUAGUUUUCCUUGACUUUGUUCCAGCAUGUCUUUCCCUAGCACCAAGAAUCAAACAAGUGCCUCUCAUGUGAUCACAACGCUAUGCCGAAUGAAGACGUCUACAUAUGAACUACUAAUGUAGUUUCCACAUCAGUAAAAAUAAAAGCAACCCGCAGAUAGUUUUGGCAGGAAAUAAAUUUGGUGAGAAAAUAGGAGGAAAAACUCCAGGUGUUUGGGGGAAAAGGGUUUAUUACAGGCCCCAAGCAUUUCAGAAUGAUCCUUCCUCGAGGGUAGGUUUUAAGUAGCAAUUCUCACCAAGUUCAUAAACCAUUAUAGCAACUAAUUUACCAAAUGAGUUACUGUAGUGGUUUAUGUACUUGGUGAGAAUUCCUACUUAAAACCUGCCCCCGAGGAAGGAUCAUUAUGAAAGACGUAGAACCUGUAACAUCCCCUUUUUCAAGCACCUGGGGUUUUUGUUCUCUUUUCCUCCUUUUUAGUGGUGUCUUCCUGGUGUACAGGUGGUUUUUCUAUAAUUUUUUGGGACCUGGACACAUUUCUGUAUUAAAGUUGAGUAUGCAACAAGCCAUCGUUAAAGUUGAUGUCAGAGCAGAUAGCAUUUCUAGAGGAUAAACGACGAUCUCUGUCCCCAACAUGCCAAGACAGGAUCAGCUUGACUGCUGUCGUACAAAUGCCUAAAUCCUACACUCAGUUAGGCAUGUUUAAGCCCACUGAAUAUAAUGAGCUUAAGCGUGCCUAAGAUGGUGUUGGAUCAGGGCCAAUGACUCCAGGACAAUGUCCGUAUCCAAACUUGCUGAGUUUGUUGCACUUCUGCCAUCUCGCCUUGCAGUUCUUCUGUCAUCACAAGCAAGACCCUGAAGGGCUGGCAGAAAUCUUGAGUCAGAAACAAAAGCCAGGCAUUUUCCACCUAGUACCUCUUAGAAAUUCCUUCUGUGUUGCUGGCAUAAGCCAUAGCCUGUUGGCUCUCUUGCUGCAAAAUCUGCGAGCUAAUAAAACACCUCGACAAGAUUUUUCCACCUGUUCUAAACAAAAGAUGGAAGAGCAGCCGUGCUGAGCACAACAGGUAUCCAUCCUUGAUGUGGCUGCCCUAUCAGUUUGUGCUUGUAUAAACACAAACACACGCGCUUCUUGGUGUCAGCAUGUGUAAACAUUGGAAUUAUGGCAGGACCUGCCUGCUUAUCAAAAAAGCCCUUGAGGAGCUGUAUGGAUAGAUUGGAUAUGCCUCCUGCAUUGCAUGCAAUAGCUAACUAUCAUGACAUAUAGCACUACUGGUGUAAUUAAGUAAAUCUUUGUAUGCUAAAGGGGUUGUUGCAACUGCAAGGAACUGGAGGAGUGAUUUGGUUCUACCUCCAGUGCAGUCCAUAAGUGAAAAAGGAGGAGGUCUAGUAGCCCCAAGGAGGAGCACUCCGAGCCUGAGACGAAACUGGUCGCUCAUCACAGCAUCUCGCAUUGGGUGGCCUACCUUACUGAGAACACUUCUCUAUUUGAAGAACUGAUAGUCCUCUCUUUGAAUGCAUCCUCUGUCUGGAAGGCAGUCCUGCCCCAAUCCAUUUUAAAGAACUCUUAAGAGAGAGCAACAGGGCCCCGAAGAGUCAUAUCAGCAGUUAGGACACGAGCAGCAGACUGAGGUCAUCUGGUCACAAACUCCUGCACUAUGGUGAGAUGCUGGUUUCUGUUUAGAUUAUGGUAAUUAGUUCUGCGUUUGCAUCAAUAGAAACCAGCCUGUGGACAUUGGAUGUAAGUCAUGCUCCGGUGAUGCAUUUUCUCUUUUCUGGCAAUGCAUAAAUAAGUGGCCAUCCUAAAUCUCACAGUCAAGAGAUCAUCUGCUCUACAUUGACUGUGUGUGAAUUCCUCCGUGUUCAUGGGAGUCACCAAAGACAAUAAAAGAACCACACAACACACACCUUGGCAAACGAUCUGAUCAGGUGACCAUAUAAAGCGACCUUCACUCCUUUUAAUUUCCCUAAGGAGCCUGCUUUCACAGGGAAAGUGUCUAGAUUCCAAGAGGAAUCAGCAGUGUGCAUGUGAGCAAAUGAAUUAUCCAGGGACAGAAUAAUUCAUGCUGAUGAACCCUGAGCACAGUGAUAAAUCAUCAUGCUUGAGGGCACAGAUGGUAAUUGACGGUCAAAGGCCCUCUAUCCCAUACAAAAACUCAUGCUCAAACCAAUUAGGGUCACUUCACAAAUAACUUAAAAAAAAACACACAGAGAGACCUCAUUGUCUGGAAACAAGUAGUUAUACCUGUGUAAACUACUAUGUGAGUUGCACAUCUGUAUGUCUUCUCUGGUUAUAUAUUUUUGGAAGCCACAUUGCUUUCCACAUGUGCAUAAAUGUGCAUAAUUGUGCUUAGCUAAAUUGUAUUUAGUUAUUUAGACUAUUGCUAUAGUUCUCCAGGGCAGUGCAUAUGGAGGUUCUGGGCUGCCCAGACAACAGAAUCACCCCUCUUGGCUGCAGGAAUUGCCGGAAGGAGGCAUACAAAACAUCCUUCUUCUCCCAGAUGGGCUACCUUUCCAGGUUGAUGAACCCCAUCUGCUCCUCAUUUCCCUCUACAGCACAUGCAGUGACUGCCUUAUUGACUGUUGGUCCCACUAUUGGUCUCAUCUGUACCACCCUCCAUUAUACAAGUGAUCACAAGGUGGUUUCCAACAUGAUAUGAAAACAGUAUAAACAACAAUUAAAGCACAAUCAGCAAUAGAACCAGUCAUCAUGAAACAGAGCAGCAUCAAAUAAGACAUGGUCUUUGACAAUCUCAAUUAGUUUUCUCCAAAAGCCCAGGAGAAUAGAUAGUGUUUUAUUUGGCAAUGGAAUGCCAACAAGAAUGUCAUCUUCCACAGGUGGGGCACCACAACAGUAGGCCUUGCCCCAGAAAGCUAUGCUUACUGGAGGGACAAUGAGCAGGGCCCCAGGAUCUGGGCAAGCAGAUGUGGGAGGAGGUGCUCUGACAAAUAGCUGGGCCCCAGACCUUUUAAGUCUUUAAAAAUUGACACUGACUUCUUAAAUUGAGUCCAGUGCAGGCAACAAGUGCAGAUCCCAUAAAAUGACUUCCUGCUGAAGCACCUGUCAAAGCAACAGCAAUCUUCACUGGAUGCAGUUUCUGGGCUGUCUUCAAGGGAAACCCCAUGUAGGGCACAUUACAGUUAUCUAGUCCCUAGGUGCAAAGACUGUCCUGUACCAGAAAUAACCAAAGCUAGUGCACCAGCUAGAGAUGGUCAAAGAGACUCUUUGACAACAAAACCACCUCUGCAGGAGUAUCCUCAAACUAGGAAUCCACUCCUUCAAGCCACCCAGUUUCUAAAUAUGAGAGCCACUCAUUAACAUGCCUCUAUUUUGUUAGCAGACCUUGUAGCCUGGGUGAAUUAGAUUGGAAUAAUGAUUUACAGUUUCUGGAAUUCAAAGGCUUUAUUCAUGCAGAAACUACUUACAGGGUAUUGGGAGUUUAUCCCAACAACAUUUGGAGGGGGGCACACUAGUCUGAAUUCAGGAUUAGGAAUGUAAUGUAAUCUAAGUGUUAAACUAGGAGUUAUAUUUUCCUUGUGUGUGUUUUGUAGACCUUUUGCUUCAGCAUAUUCCAGGUCUUCUUUUGUAAACAGCAUCCUUAUUUUGCAGUAAAUUGGUUUCUUAAAAUGCUUCAUCUGAAGCGAGCAAGCUAUUCCUAAGGGCCCUGAGUACUCAGAUUGAAUGAAUCCUAAAUACUUUGGAUGGAUCUCAAGGAGUUCAGUGUUUAAGGUGCAUUCCUCAUUUCAUCUGUCAGGCAACUCUACUAGUGGCAAAAGAGAAGCCUGAUGGGCGGAUUGACUGAAUCAGAGUUCUGGCAGCCAGGUUUAAUUGCAUGGGCUUCAAUGAUCAAGGAAGCCACACUUUGGGUUCUGAUUUCUCAAGAAAACAUUGCAGGGUUCAUAGUGUCAUUUGCCUGUCAGAACAAGACCUGGGGCAGUGUAUAUAUAAAUUGCCACAUAAGGGAUCUUCGGUCUUGCCCCUAAAGAUUUUGGGUCCAGUGUACAUGUAGGUGCAUGUGUGCGCCAGUCUGCCACCAUUUCACAUUAUCUCUUCCAGGGUGGAUUACAAAGUGAGAACAAUUAAAAGAAUAAAAUCAAUAAUGCAACUAACCACAAUAAAAUUGCAGAGCUCUAAAAACAUAAACCUGCAGCACGUAGCAGAUAAAAGCCAAAUGCAGCAGCGAUGUUAAAAGGCAUGGCUUAUAUUUGACUUGUGCCAAAAAGACAUAAGAGUUGAUGCCAGGGAAACAGUUGUGCCCACUGAGACUGGUAGGGCAGAAGGCAGGGCAGGCAACAGUAGGUGGAGCCAAUGACAGGUGGAGCCAGCAAAUUCUCAUUUUGUCCCAUUCCCUGCUGAGUUCUACAAGGGCAAACCUGAGACUGGAGGAAGAGGCUGGCAGUGCCCUGUUGGCUCUAAUGAACCAGCCUCCACUACCAGGCAAGCACCACAACCGAGAAGGUCCUCUCUCUGUUAGUUCACCAGCAGACCCCACCUAAUAAGCACUGAAGGUGAGUCAGCCAGAAAAGAGCCAUCAAAUGUGAUCUUAGCAUGUGGGCAGAUUGAUGUGGUCCCCGUAUCCUAAGCCAUAUAAAUCUAGGUAAGAACCAGGAUUCUGAAAUUUGCUUGGAAAUGCACCAUCAGUCAGUGGAGUGGUUUUACAACUUCUGCAGUCCCUGUUGGUAACCUGACUAUUGCAUUCUGCACUAAGUGCCAUUUCUAAGCAAUCUUCAAAGGCAUCCCCACAUACAACACAUUGCAGAAAUCUAAUGUGGAGGUUACCAGAGCAAGAAGAAACCGAGGCCAGACUAGGUGCAUCCACCAAAUACGUUAACAUAGCCAUCAAUGUUCACAGUCCUUGCUCCACCACGUCUAAAUUUCAACCAAGGGAGUGAGAACCGUGGGAGGAGAUAGUGACAGAGCCAAGCAUAACAAGGAAACGUGCAAGGGCGGUUGCACUUGCUUAGGGUUAGUUUUAUUGGGAGACGAAAGCUAAAGGGAUGAACUAACACUGGCUUCCCCCAUACUAAUGCCCUCCAGCCCCAGCCACUGACAGGAAAUCUGAAGUUUGGGAAAGGCUGAGCUAAUGACUUCUAUGGAAGAGGAAUGUUUUAAAGAGGGAUUUGAAUCCAUGGUGUGUAGAGGGAGAGAGGGAUUAAAUAAUUGGGUGCUGGGAUAGGUGAACCAAAGCACUCCCAGAUGUUAUAGAGUGUAUGUAGGAAACCAUGUGGGGCAGUUGGGGACUCUCUUGAUGUCAGAGUCCCCCGUAAUUAUAACCACAAACCUAGAAGUGAACUUGUGAAGACCUAAUUUUUAAAAAAAGAAUACCCCUGAUCAUGAGUUUCUGGGCUGCUGUAGGUUGUUAUUCUUACAUUUUAUAAUCCUCUGUGAUGCCUAGAAAAGUUACCGUAUUUUUUGCUCUAUAACACUCACUUUUUCCCUCCUAAAAAAUAAGGGGAAAUGUGUGUGCAUCUUAUGGAGCAAAUGCAGGCUGCGCAGCUAUCCCAGAAGCCAGAACAGCAAGAGGGAUUGCUGCUUUCGCUGUGCAGCGAUCCCUCUUGUUGUUCUGGCUUCUGAGAUUCAGAAUAUUUUUUUCCCUUGUUUUCCUCCUCCAAAAACUAGGUGCGUCUUAUGGUCUGGUGCAUGUUAUAGAGCGAAAAAUACGGUAUUUUCUAGGGCGCCUCAUAAAUAUAUUGGACAAAUGAAUAAAUUGCUCUUCCAUUAGGCUUUGUUUUCUCCACAACUGAUACGAUAGAGCCUGAUGGGAAAGGGUUAAGCAACUCACUCUCUCUUUCUCUUUCCGCACUCCGUUGUCUCCUGAUCACAGCCUCAGAGGCUCCUUUUCCUUUUUUAAAAAAAAUAAAUAAAUCCAAUCCAUUAGGGGAAAGAGAAGUGCAACUUCAUUUCAUGUCUAGUUUGGUCCUUACAAGACUUGAGUCCCAGUGUGUAAAGUUAGGAACAACAAGAACAAAUUAUCUCCCACCCUAUUGGGCUUCUUAAUGAGCUAUCGGUAUUCAAUGAAUAGAUCUUGGAAUAAUUUCCAUAACGUGGUAGCAUUGCACAAUGUGUUUUUGUCACCAAAAUGGGAAAUAGAGUGUUAGGGCUUGUGUUAAUAAAAACGGGCUAGAAAACAAUACAGAAAAUAUCCGUAUUGCUCUGUUCCAGCUCUGGCCAUUAGCCUCACUCAAAGCCUAGUGAUCCUGGAUAUGGAUGUCUAUUCCUGUCCACAUCCAGUGGGGCCCAACUGAGCACUGCAGUAGAUUUUAAAAUAUGCAUCCAAAUGUGGAUCUGUGCCUGCAUCAGCUGUAUAGAUGUGUCCCUGCUGUGCUAUGUGGUUAUAUCUUGCUGGAGUAUUUUGAGAUGGUGCACAACUCAGCCGCUCUGCUUUAAAAAAUGAAAGAAAAAGGGUGUAACAGAAUUGGGAAAAGAUCAGGCAAGAGCAAUAAAUAUAUAUGCUCAAACCAAGAAGUGAAAGCUAAAGGAUACCCCUUUUGUUUAGAAUAGAGACAACUAAGCUUGUAGGAGAUUUUGGUGACAUACAACAUUAUGCAUGGAACUGAGUGGUUUCCUUUUUCAUUUAACAUCUAUCCACCAGAUAUGGUGACAGGCAAUUGUAUAAUUGGUUAAAAAGGGGCCAAGACAGAGUUGUGGAAGAUGGUAUCAGCAGCUGUUAACUACGAUGGUUAGGCCACUCAUUUUGUUGCAGAUGCUGACCCUAAACAUUAGGCUGUCAGAAGCUGCCAUUGAUUGAUAAGGACGUAACAAUUCUGUUAGUAUCCUUUGCUGUCAGGGGUGCCAGCUGGGUUCUCUGGAACCAGUACACUGAAUGUGGAUUGGGCCCUCUGACCCACUCACAAACGAGGACACAAAAGAUUUGCAUAACAUUUGCAUGUGCUGUGUCAUAUGCAAAUUUGUAUUCUCUUUUGCAGGUGAGUGGAGGGUCCAAAAAUAAAUCAGUGGCCAUGCACAUAAUAAAAUGUCUUGACAAGCAGAAUGAGGAUAGGGGAGGCUUUCCCCCAUAAUUAUAUUCCCAUAGUAGAAAAGUCUUAAGCUGUUGAAUUUCUGUCUGCCACACAGCUGUUAAGGUCACAAGAACCCUGCUUUCCCCCAAUGCCAACCCAAAGCCUAGGCUGCAGUUCUGUAACCACUUACCUGGAAGCAAGCCCCACCUAACAUGAAGCUUCUGUGUAGACAUGUAUGUUAACUGCACAGUGAAUUCUUAAUGGAUGUCUGUAAGUCCUGCACAGCAGGAAAUAUGCCUAAGCCUCUAUGCAAAGUUUUCACAUUUUGCAUUUGCUAUUGGAAAGGGCUAUUAUUUUAACACCCACACCCACCUAUUGUGCAGUAGUAUUUGCAGAUAGUAACUUACAGGGAGUGCUUGAUCUCAGACGAACCCAUCACAGGAAAGAUGCAUCCUGGUUGCUAAGGGGAGAAGAAGGACAAACUAUGGAGAUAUCAUGGACUACUUGAAUAUAAGAAUGAAACAGGAAAAGUGCACUAAACGGGAGGGGGAAACAGUAGCUUUUGAGGAUCUCAAGAAUUCCUAUGGCCUGCUGUCCAAACAACUCACUUGUCAAUCACAGUUCUGACUUCACUCAUUGGCUAAAACCAUUGACUGGCAGGAGCAGCCAAGCUGGCUUAUGUCACAAGAAUUGUUUAGAAGGUUACCUGUACAUUUUGCUUCAUAACUUUCUUUCUAGGAGAGCUAGAGAAUUGCCUUUAAAAAAAGAAAGCUCAGAGUCUUACCUUCCUGUUGGCUGAGAGUCCAGUAUAUCAGUACCCCUUGUACCAGAUUAUUGGCAACCCUAUUUUCUGGCAUGUUAGAGAUAAAAAUGAGGCUAGAGAGACCAUUAGCCUGACACAGUAAGUGUGUGUGUAUUCCAGCAAUAAUUAUUCAUAAAUGGUGCAAGAGAAGACUCAGCCUGAACACUUCACUUUUGCCCAGGUAUUUCAGUCUGUCAGUUGACUGGCAAAAUGCAAGAAUUUAGGGAAUCUUGUUAUUUGCAUUCUGAUUUCUAAGCUCCCUCCCUUCAUAUUGGCAUCAAAUCUUCUAGCUUUCAUCCAGAACAAUGAUGAUUUUAACCAAGCUGCAUGUUGAUUCUGCUCUCUGAUCAAGGUUAGACAGCAGAGCACACAUUGUGUACAUACUUGUGCAUUCUGUGGAAUCCUAGUAAAAAUAAAAACAUACAGCUCUCAUUGACACACAUUGCAGUGGGUGGGGGAGACCUUUCUCCAUAUGACCCUGAUGUCAGUGUCCCUAUUCUGUUGACAGGUAACAACUAAGAGCUAAGCUCUGGCCUGCUUGUUUUCCUCUUGCUCCCUUGUAUUGCCCAGUGAAAUCCAGCAAGGAUGGAAAGCACAGCUUGAGGAAACCCAGGACUCUGUGGAUGACAACUGUUGGUGGUUGAUUCUGUGAUCUGCCUUUACUUUGAAGCCUUAUCUCCUUGCUAAAGGCUUGAUGACCUGCAUCCAAUUUAAGACCUACAUGCCAGGUAGAUAAAGGGUUACACCUUAGCCGUGGCUCUAAGCUGUGUGAGGAUAAUUUAUCAGCUGGCAAGUGCAUUGGCUUAUAUUGAUCCAUGCACAGCCCCGUGCAAAUAGAGUCAGAAGGAGCGAGAAUUAGUCCCAGCAUGAUGGUGACAUUACUGUUUCUAUUACAGAGCAACCCUGUUUGUGCUCAGGGCCCUGCUGUGCUAGGCAGUGAGCAAAUGAAGAACCAAAGGUAGUCUCUGCCCCAAAGUUCUCCCAAUCCAGGUAGUCGAGGACAAAAACACCUUCUUAGGGUCACCGUGUUUCCACUGUGGCAGAGAAUGGAGAGAGGCUAGAGUUUUUCAGCAACAUGGACAUCUCUCUGAACUGGGUGUUUGUGUGGUUAUCUCUUGGAGAGACAGUCCAAUUAGUUCCUGGUGCAGACUAUCCCAAAUGCCAUUCUGAAUCUGUCUUUCUCCCCUCAGCUAAGCUUCUGUGAAUAUUCCCCUCAAUAGAUUUUAUAUACAAUUAUAUUCAAAUAUUUUCAAAUGUGGAUUUUAGGUUCCUUUCUGCCCCCCUCCUCGGUUGUCACAUUUCUUUCUAUUCCCUUCUGUGCUUUGUGCUUCUCAAUUACAAUUUGUAAAUACUGAAUCUGGUAGGAGCCUGCCUUAAUUGCUUAUUUCAGGGAUGAGGAACCUGAGGCCCUCCAGAUGUUAGAGGGCCUCCAUUGGUUUGGUAUGGCCAAUGGUCAGGGAUGGUGGGACUUGUGGUCCAGCAACUACAGAACCACAGAUCCCUUGCUCCUGUCUUACUGUUCUGAAGCCACAAUACUCUUCAAUAUUCAGGAAGCACCCAUAUUGUUCCUAGAUCUGUCCCCAAACACAUUUUGUUAAAAUUGGCUCUAGGGCACGACCUGCUUUCAGGGAAUGAAUGAAGGGCUGGGGGCGGGAUGAGAUACUUUUCUAGUAAUCACUCUACUUUGAGAUAAAAAGGCAGCUUUAUAUCUCUCCAUCAGGUGAGAGGCACAUGUCCCAUCUGUGAGACUCUGGGGACAAUCCAGGGUCCCAAUGUGGGGGAGACAAAACUGUAAUCAAGUGAGAGGAAAUAUAGAGAAGUUGCCAAAAAUGAUUAAAGGGUUUUAGAGGAUUUAAAUAAGUGUGAUUAAAAGAGCUCAGUUUGUCUAGAGCAGGAAGACUGGAUAUGCAGAGAGACAGCCUGGGAUCAUUGUAGUAUGCAAACUUAACAGGUGAGUAGAUGAAUGGGGUUUUUUAAUUUCUUUUUUCUUUUGCAUAGAAAGGGUGGAGAAUGUAUCAUGUGAUGUGGGGAAAACAACACUAAGAACCUGCCCUGCCCUGAAGGGACUCUAUAGGCAUACAAAAUGUCACUACUCUUGUGGGAGGGGAAGAAGGAGAGAGCAUCUGCAGCCACUGCUCAUUUGCAUAGGCUCAUCUAUUUAAAUAUAGACAGCGGCUGUAUUUUCUCCACAGCCAUCCGCAAAAGCACUCGCCAACAAUGCCAUGGUGACUUCCCCUCCUUGUUCUGCCAAGUGCCCCUUCCUAAUGGAUAACACAGGGCUGAGACAAGCUUUAGAGUUUGUUUGCCCUUUUGUCUGAAUCAUCAAACUAUCACUUAUCCUUUCCUUGCUGCAAACCAGGAUCAACCCCUGAUUUCCAAUCCUGGUUUGCAGGGCAAGUUCAAUUUGCUGGUCUGGACAAAAUGGCAGACUAUAAGAACAUAAAAAAGUGUGUGUGUACUUCAACCACAGAACCUUACAUUUGUCCCUAUUAAAAUUCAUUUUGUUAGUUUGGGCCCAGUUCUCCAAUCUGUUUAGGUCAUCUUGAAUCCCGAUUCUGUCUUCUGCUGCGGCAUAAGCUGCUGCUCCCAGUUUGAUGUCAUUUGCAAAUUUGAUGUGCAAAUCCUGCCCAACUAAGAAGUUGGGGCUGAGUACAUGCCUGCCCCACAGUUUUAUCCUCAUAGCUAAGUGGAGAUGCAAGCUUAGGCUUCCUUAGUCCUCAUCCCAGCGUUCUACCCACUGGAGUCAUUAUGUGAGCUUAGUUCAGAAUGAGGUUGCCUGAAAAUCAUGGACACCUGCUGGGUUCAGGUUGUGACAUGUGUCCUGACUCUCUGCCUCACAGCUGAAAUUAUUUCAUAUAUCCUUUAGGCUGAACAUUCUCCAGCUACUCCCAUGGGCUGGGAGCUUUUCUGUUACUCUUGAAAAGCAAAGAACAAAUUUGUGCUGACCAUCAAUGUUAUCCUUUAUUGCAAUGUUCUGCUAUUUGGAAAUACAGCUUUGUCUUAAUCCUAAUUUUGUUGUCAAUCACCCUAUUCUUGUGCUGAAGCGUGUAUCUCCCUUUGCUUGGGGGGGGGAGAUUCCCCCUCCCGACCCCACAAUUAUCUUGCCACCUACACUAUGGAUAAAGCACUGCUGUUGCCGAAACAAUAGCACUUGGGUUGGUGCUGGCCAACCCAGUGAUGUGCUGGGCAGGAGGCAAGAGUCAGGUAGAGGCUUUUGCUGGGAGAGUAGCCAGUGCUCUUUCUGGCAAGAGAUGAUGCAAGAUGGCCAUGGAGUCAGGGGGAGGCCACAGUCACAGUGUGCAGGACUGCGGACUGGCUAAGAGCAUCCAGGCUGGUCAUGGGCACUGACAGCAGCUGGUGCAGAGCACUGCUACCCAGUUGGCAGCUAUUUACAUUUUUAAAAUAGUUUUAAAUAAUGAAUGAAUGAAUGAGUAAGUGAAGCAUGUGGAGUGCUGCCCCACCCCUGCAGCCUUGCACCUCGCACGUGAUGGUUGGUCCUUGCAAGUCGCAGUGGCCUCUUACCUCCCAGCACACCUCUGCACCAGCUGCUGUUGGCAGCAGUAAGUAUAAAAUGUGGGGGUUUCAAUCAUCUUGAAAGGCCCCUGGUGUCAUUUCGGAAAGUGGCCUCAGAUGCUGAAUGGCGAGGUGAAUUGAAUGAGCUGCAAGCUGAGGAAAUAGCCAUGUAUUGCAGCAAGAAUACACCCUCCGUACUGUACCAGUUUCUCCUGUUUCUCUUCCGCAGCUGGAAAGGGAAUGCAGAAACCCUGAGUUCUGUGCCAGCUGUCUGUCCCUGAGGGCUCUGUAUUUCCUCCUAAUAAAAACUGUGAUUCUCCUUAUGCAAAGCACAGGACACACCGAGGGGGAAGCAGCUUAAUGCCAGGAGUUGCCAGGGCACCUUUGUAUUUGGAAGAGGAAUCCAGACUUCUGAAUGCCAAUAAAUCCAGUGGAGCUGGCCUCAGCGUUCCAGAGGACUGUCUUUCCCCCCCUUUUUGCAGCUCUUUGCUCUGGCCAUUGUGAGUUGCUGUUAUUCUAAAGUAGACUAUAAGGGGGAGGUGGGACUUGACAGAAUGGGGAAAAGAUUGUCCCCCUGUCAAAUGACUUUUAAGGGUGCUUAAUAAUUAGUUUGUUGUAUCUUUCCCCAUUUUCCCCAAAUUAGAAACGUAAUGCAGCCAUUUGAAGAAUCAAAUAUGACAGCUGAGUUAACUUGCUGUUUCUAAGCAUAGUCCUAAAACAAUGCUAGCCAUAGAACCACAAUGUAUCAGUGCUUUUAUGGUAGCAGGUUGAUAUUUAAAACAUGAAUAUCCCCUACUGCCAAGUUUUGCUUUCAAAAUGGAGCCAUUCUGUGCACAAAAUAGUUUCCAGCUUGAAUAAAUAGGUUGAAAGUAGGACUUUGAUCAGUUUAUUCCACAACCAAUGUGCAGUGGUAGUUCAUUUGAUACACAGAACGCAACUAUCUUCCUACUGGGAAGCACCUUUCUUUCAAGGAUAAUACAUUUUAUUGGAGCUCCAUUUGCAGGGAAACCAAAAUGCUUGUUUACAAAACUAUUGUACUACCAACCUUACUGUAUGCUUGUGAAACAUGGACCACUUAUAAACGCCAUCUCCAACUCCUCAAAAGAUUCCAUUAAUGGUGUCUCUGAAAAUUUUUUUAUAUAUCACUUGGGAAGACAGGCGAACAAAUGUCAGUGUACUGGAAGAAGCAAAAAUCACUAGCGUCGAAGCAAUGAUUCUUCACCGUCAACUUCAUUGGACUGGUCAUGUUUUUCAGAUGCCUGAUUAUCGUCUUCCAAAGCAACUACUCUAUUCCAAACUUAAUGCUGGUGGUCAACAAAAGAGGUUUAAAGACUCCCUCAAGGCAAAUCUUUAAAAUUGUAGUAUAAACACCAACAAUUGGGAAACACUGACCUGCGAGCGCUCCAACUGGAGAACAGCCUUUACCAAAGCUGACAUGGACUUUGAAGAAGCACAAACUCAGGAUGAAAGGGAGAAACAAGCUAAGAGGAAGGUAAACCCUCACCAUGAUCAACUCCCACCCGGAAACCUAUGUCCCCACUGUGGAAGGACCAUGGAUCAAGAAUUGGCCCCCACAGUCACUUAUGGACUCACUGUUAUGACCGUGUUCAUGGAAGACAAUCUUAUUAGUCUAUGAGUGAUUGCCAAAAAAGAAAGAAGAUUUUCUUGCAGCUCCAAAGUUGCUGGGGAAAUGCAGUUCUUUACUUGGGUUGUGGGUCACUGCCGCAGUUUGGAGCAAUGAAAUAUGAUUGUACCUAUGGCUAGCGCAUGUGAUAUUUAUCUCCUGCUUUUCUUCCAUGAUGGAAUACAUCAAGGCAGUGUGCACAGGCACCAAAGUACUGAACAGUUUCAAGAGCUGCUUAGCUUCAGCAAGGUAACUGUAUCACGAGCCUUGGGAUCUACUCCCGAUAAGCAGCACAACUCAGCUCCCCCACAUUGACUGCACCACAUUGUGACUCUAGCAUGGCCUGCAUAGGAGAUUUUUCAUUAAAAUGGAAAUUGAUUGGCCUCAAGGCAAAGUGUGGAGAAGUCACCCAGCAUUAUCACCACCUUUUAUUUAGACACGUGGGCAAUUGACCUAACAGGUGAUCAGCGGUAGGCUCGUGACUAGAUUGCAGAGGCACCAAGUCAUGUAGAAUUAUAGUGCUGGAAGAAGCUGGGGAGGACAUCUACUCCAACCCAUUGCUCAGCACAGGACCUGCAGUGCAGGGAGCUGCUACAGUAUCCAUGACAGGUGGCUGUCCAGCCUCUGCUUAAAUACCCCCACUGAAGUUAGGUUGGAUAAGGGAUGUAAAAAGAGAGGAUGCUAAUCCUGUGCGGAAAUAGGUAUUGGGCUAGACAGGUGCUCCAAACAUGGUAGCUGAGGUUAAGCUGCCAACCAAGCUGGAGAGAGAGGCCAACUGAAUUCCUGUUCUGGGACCCUUUGCUGCCUACAGAACUGCCUAAGAACUUGAGACUUGAAAGCAAAGAGGUCUCUUCACAUGCUGCUGCCUUUUCAGUCAUACUUAGGAACAUAAGCCCCUGCCUUUUAAAAUAUUUGCCCAUCUAGGCCAGUGUUGUCUGCUUUGAACGGCAGCAGCUCUCAGGGGUUCCGGUCAAAGGCCUUUUUGAUCAUCUGCUACCUAGUCCUCUUUACUUUGUUCUUUGCCUGGGAUUGGGACCUUCUAUGUGCAAAGCAUGUGCUCUGUUAGUGAGCUACACUUUCCCCCUUUCCUCCCAGGGACUUCUUUGCAAGGGCUGUAUCAUGCAAAGCAAAUGGCUUGAGCCUGCUGUCUGCAAGAUGGGGAGAGAGAAGGCUUCCCUAACGGUCAUGCAGCAAUAAACAGGCAUCGCAUCUGUGGGUCCAUCUUCCUACCGAGCCUUUUUCUGCUUUCUCCAUCCAGACCCUACUCAUCUUCCAAAGCUGAGAAUUAAAGGCCCAUUGUUUUUGUUCCAACUCCAGUGUUCAGUCACUGGAUCACACUGCGCCAGCUACAGACACGCUACAAAUGCCCUUUUGCUUCCCUUGUGUAAUAAUCUCUUCCAGGCCUACAUCUGGCUGCUGUCUCACCCUGGUGUACAUUACAGAGAUAUGUACAUCGCCGCCCUCUUGGGGGUAAUGCAAUAAUUUGGCAGUUUUAGAUGUAAUUAGGCAGUUUCUUAAGAAGCGGCGUCUUUUCCCAAGAGAGAAAGAGUGAGAGAGCAGCCUUGUGGAGAGAUGAUAAAUCCAUAAUUAGGGAGGGUUUUUGAAGUGUCUUUAAUGCACACAGCCCUGCCUGGGGAAGCGUACUCCUGGCCCUGCUUCACAAAGCCCAGAGCAAACAAGGUGAAGUGCUGCAGGACAAAGACAUGGGACCCUGCUGAGGCUGGAGUUGGACAGCAUUCUCUCAAUAGUGGGAAGGGGCAGCAUGGGGGCAGCUUUCAGCCUGCUUGUUAAAUCUCUAGCUUAAGCUGGGAUUCUUUGGGUCAGUUUGCAUGGUGAAGCAGGAAAUUAACAUGAAAGGCUCUGCAGGGGAUAAUCUCUCCCAUCAGUUUGUGCUGACACAAUUGCUGGGGAGUAUUGUGUUGCAAGAAGCAAGGGAAUGAUGAUGUGAGGUAGGGAAAAAGGGGACCAGGCCUGAGAGAGGCACGAACCAGAUGCAGCUGCAGGUAUUUUCCUUAUUGAUUGUAUAUUCAAAUGGGAGCGAACAAAAAAGUUUAUAAAGUGCUCUGCACUUUAAUAAAAGUGCUGCACAAAUUGUGGCCAUCAUGAUGAUCAAUAAUACUUCUUUCCAGAGUAGUAAAUUGGGUAAGUGCUAACUCCACAUGGUACAUGGUCAUAAGAAUGCUAACAGUUAUUGAAUACUGAUGACAAUCAGAGUCACUGGUUGGUUGUGGACAUGCUCCCUUACAGGAAUAAAUACCAGUAAGCAUGGUUACAUGGUGCUCUUCUGUCAACACUGAUAGUAUGUGAACCAAUUUGGUCACAGAAACACUCUUGUACGCCAUGCAGCUAACCUUUUUUUAGCCCGAGGGCCACAUUCAUCCUUGACCAAACCUCCUGGAGGCUUGGUUGGUGUGGCCCCCUCACACCUCAUAUGUAGUUCAGUUUGUAUCUUCUCUGCAUACCAGAGUUCUGUGUCCGCUUUAAUUGUCUCCCCCUUUUUUUUGCCACUGCCAAAAUUUGUGCAGAAGUUAGCCAACUCUGCCAUACAAGUUAUAACCAUUGUGCCUACAAUCCUGAUAAGAAGGUAGCCCCACCGAUGGGGUUUUACUUACAGAGUAAAAUAUAUAUAUGAGUAUAUGAGGCCUCAGUCAAGAGACUGCUAUGCUUAGGGAAACAGGGAGACUGGUGGGCACUCUCAUCCAUUGCAUAAUUUUAAAAAGAUGUAGUCUCCUGUGGGCAAGGUUUAGUAGAAUACAUUGUGCUGCAAAAGUUUAGCUUGAGCUUUUGUGUUGUAUAUUUUGCACAAUUUUUGUUGUUGUUAAUGAAUGCUUGUUUUUGUAUGGUCCUGCCUCCUUGAGCCUCAGUUGUGCCCCUUCAUAGCAGGCUUUCUCAGGCUGGAGACCCAUUUGCAGGUUUAUUAGUCCAAGGUGUUAUUAGUCACUGCAAUGGAGUAUGGAAGGUGCCACUGAAGUGGGGAUUAUUUCUGCAUCAGCCAUUGUUCUGCCUGCAUCCCAUAUUAAAUUUGGGCAGUGUAGGGAACGUGGAGAGAAUGGCUCUUGUUCAGGACACAGUGUUCCCUGGCUGUGAUAUAUAUGGUCCUAUUUCACCCCAUCUCUUGUCCUGCUCUGAGCUAAGCCAUACUCUUUUAUUCUAUGAGGAAAUUUACAACUGCUUGCUCAUGUUGUGCCCUCAGCUUCCAUGGGGAAUCACUGUCUUGUUGCCAGAGACCCAGGCAAGGAAGCCAAGAGUGGGACAGCUGUAUCUCUCUUCCCUCUGUGCAGUAGCUGUCAGCAUCCCCUUCCAAGUUGGGGAAACUUGCAGGAGUCAAAAUGCUCAGGAGGAAACACGCUCCUGCUGUGAUUGCAAGCACCCAUCUGCAGCACUAGGGAGAAUUCAACAGCAGGGGGCAUGGGAGGCAGGGACCACUGGAAACAGCACUUUUAUUUUAUGUUUUCUUGUUUCCUUGCAUUUCAUUAAAAAUACAGAGUCCUUCAUUGUGGCUCCCUCUGGAAAAGUGACAUGCUUUUUCAUAUCACAUAUGCAGAACACAAAACACAGAGGGUGUGUGCAAACAACUUGGGAUGGGCCUGGCCUGGUGUAAAGACCCCGGGAGUCCUGACAGCUCCUAUCCCCACUUCUCUAAAAUCUGGUUCCCAAGCCUUUUCCCUGACACUCCCACAAGAUGUCAUUCCUCUUUCAGGUCAAGCUGUGCAAACCAAAAAUUCCUGUACAAGGCAGUGGAUAUUUUUCUUAGCUUGGCAAUACAGUGUACACAUUCCCAUUAUGAGUGGACAUUUCCUUGUCCUUAACCUACAAAUGAAAUUGGCAUUGUGGGUCAGAGCACAGGGGGUGGGCCAGAAGAUGGAGAAGCUAUUGUGUUUAAUUCAGCAAAGGCCCCAUUGUAGCUCAGCUGGGGGGCGAGUAGCAGCUGUCAGAGCAUCUGUCUGCCAGCAGGGGCCUGUUAUCAGGCUUGGCUAUGGGGAUUAUGGCUGGGGAGUGGGUUGUUGUUUCUUCUGUGUCAAAAAUACUUAAUCCCAUGUUUACACCCUUCUUUUGGUGAAUAGAGACUACAGGACAGCCCAAUAAUGGAGCAAAACAUCUCUCUAUAUGCCAUUCCCCCCAGAGCUGGAACACGCCUGGUUCCUGCCCUCUGUUAUCACCACACAUUAAAUUUCAGAUCCCAGGGGUAUGGGGCAGGAGAAAUAUAUGAGCCUUGGGUAGGCACUGAUCAAGUGUCACUUUAAUAUUUCCCUUUGACUGAAACAGCACCAGAAAGGCCUUCUGGCUGUGGGCACACUGGAUUCCAGGCCCGUUUCCAUGGCAACAUAGGUAGCCUAGUGGCCAGAGCAAUAUCCACCUCACAUGACAUUUAGACUCACAGCCUUUGAUGAAAGAGGACCACUGUUCAGUAUUCAUGCAAGAAAGUGUGAGCUGGGACGUCUGAUUUCUGUCCCCAAUUUAUUAGCGUGGAGGGUGAUGAACAUUUCUUCCUUUAUUUCAGUAUGACCUCAGUACUUCCAAGGAUAAUGCAUGCUAGGCUCACUCUAUACUCAGUGCUCUCCAGUGCUGACUUAUCCCACUGGGUUAUGUGCUAGUUAUGAGGGGAAAGAUAACCGUGCAUAGUAAGUUUCAAGCCUUUGCUGCCAUUGCCUGUUACUGAAUUCUAUAUUGAGAUUGGGCCUGCAGAACAUAAGGCCGCAAGGCCAGAAUGUGACCCUGGGGGAGAUUCCAAAGGCCUGUUUGAGGCCUAUGGAAGCAACCAUGGCCUAUGCAGGCCCACCACUGGUGGUGAUGGGAGAAUGCACAGAUCAUAUUUUGUGUUGCUGUUCUCCUCCCUGGAUUCAGAGCCACAUGUUGGAAUUGGUACCACUUUUUCCAUCAUGUUGCAGUCAUGCAUGGCUCAGCCUGCCUGCGUCUGAUGUUCCCUCAGUGUGUGAAUUGCUAGCAGUAUAUAUUGUUAUAACAAAACUCAACAAGCAGUAGAAAAGUAGAGGAAGUUAACAGAAACACAACAACAGAUGCUCAGUGAAGAAAGGAGUUACAGAUAUGGUGCAGAAUGUGUACUUUGGGAUGCAGGGAGCAAAAAGGGGGAUUUCAACCUUCCAAAAAUUAUCUGGAGUCACAGGUGAGGUAGCAACCAUGGAAUAUACUAAAUUAUUCAGGACGGUAGGAUCCCAGACAGACUGAGGGGGUGGAGAAUCUAAAAGGAUGUCUCUAAACUGGAUGGAUGGACAUUGGCAUGUAACACUGAAUGUAAGUUAAUGAAAAGUUAUGCACAAUGGGAUUUAAAAAAAUCCUAGUCCUUUACAACACAUGAACUAACUGUGACUUUGCAGGAAAGAGAAACAUAAACUUAAGCUGCACCAGUUGUGAAAAAGGCAAAUUCCAUAUUGGAAAUUACAAGGAAAAGAGAUUGAAAAUAAAAUAGCAAGUAUCAUAAUGUCUAAAUCUGUGUGUGGUACUGUCAAACUUGAAAUACUGUGCUUACUUCUGGUCAUUCGUCUCAAACAAAGAUAAUGGAACUGAAAAUGAAAAGCCAAAUGACCAAGCGAUCAGAACCUCUUUCUUAUGAUAGCUCAAGUGUCUGGGGUUGUUUGGUUUUUUUCCGUUUAGAAAAAAGAAAAAAGAUGACGAAGGGGGACCUUAUAGAAGUUUAAAAAAUUAUGGUGUGGCGAAAGUAAUAGGUUUCCACAUCAUAGUUGAAUUUGGGAGUCACCCAAUGAAAUUGAUUGGCGGGAGAUUCAGAACAGAUAAAAGGAAGUGUUUGUUCAAUUAACCUGUGAGGUUCACGGCCACAAGUUGUGAUGGAUGCCAUUAUCUUAGAUAGCUUUAAAAAGAAUUUAGAGAUAGUUCAUGGAGGAUGAUAGAAGCCUCCCCCCCCAAAAAAAAGUGAUUUAAAAAUGGGUACUGUGAUGUCUGAGUUUGGACCCAUCACACCAAAAAUCAGGCGAACUCAUGCCCAAGUCACAUUUUGGUCCACCAUCUUGAUUCAAAAUGGCACCCUGCAUCCAAACUAUGAUGAAGACAGCUGCUCUCAUCUUGGGAACCCUCAUGCCAAGUUUGGCGAUUAUAUCUCAAGAGGUGUCCAAACACAUAAGAUAAACAAACAAACAAGUAGACAAACCAUUUUCUAAAAUCUAGAAUAGAUGAACAACAGUUAUAAUGUAAGUCUCUUUGGGUCACCUUUGUGAGGAAAGUGACUAACAAAUAGCAAUAGAAGAAAUAAUGAAGCUUCUGCACACAGAAGUGUAUCUCCAUAGUCCGUGGAGGGGGUGGGGGUGGGGAAACGCUUCCUGGAAGCACUGUUGUUUUGUCCAGGGAGGCAAAUUUUCAGAAGGAGUGCAGAGAGAGGGUUGAGGAACAAGAGGACUGAGCAUAGCUUUGAGAGGGAGCGGCAGAGAGACAGACAGGCAGACAGACAGAGACAAAGUCAUGUUAGAGGAAAAAGAAAGCACUGUUGGGCACAAAAAGAAGGGCUGCAGUGUCCCAAGAGAAAACAAGUUGACAGAGAAUAGGCUUGGAAAACACUGUGUUAAAAUAAGUAACAAAAAUGCCUUUUUGUUAACGAGGCAGUGUUAUUUUCCUGAACUAAUAAGAAUGUAAGUGUAGCUGUCAGGGUGAUUUGAAUUGUGUUCCCCACUUUAAACACUGCCCUGAUGGGCCUAGUGGCCAUUAACCUCCUCCUGCCCUGGCUCCAAUGAUUACUCAUUGGGUCCAGUGUUUUAGGCCCGGGUGGGGAACCUCAGCCCCCCUCUAGCCAGUCCUCUGAACUCUCCUGAAGCCAUACCUCCUUCCCAAGGCAUACCCCCUCUAGAUAGGCCACCCCUCUCGUGUUGUAAUCAUAAACUUCCAUUGGUUCUUUACUGUUCCUGUGCAGCUCUUUGCAUGUUCGCUCCAAGUAUUUGUGCUUCCCCUUCUUGGACUGAAAGGGUUGUACUGUGUGUAGACUUGUGUAACCUUUGCAGCAAGGCUGGCUUUAAUACAAAGUUUUUGAAGCCAUCACUUUGGAAAAUUCCAGAAAGGGCAUCAUAUUUCUGUCUCCGUUUCUCUGUUGUUGUGGUUUAAAUGAGCCCCAGUUCAUAGUGGACGUCAUUGUUGCUCGUGUGGGAAAGUGUACAUGGCGUUGCAGACAUUGCAAGCACAGAGAGGCAGGCUGAAGCUGCAGGGUAAAUGGGGCUUUGAGAAAAGUAGGGUAGGAUUAGAGUGGAGGAUGCCUUCACAUGUAUGUGGUUGGGAGCCAUUUCAGCAAGGGCACUGAGAAAGAUGCACCACCAAAGUGGUUGUACUUUUCAUGCAUGAUGAAACAGCUGCUACUGUGCUGCAGUGUGUGUGUGUGUGUGUGUGUGUGUGUGUGUGUGUGUGUGUGUGUUUACCAGCUCCUAAAUUUAGUGUGGGUAAGGGGAGUACCUGAACAGAGCCUGGGUAUGGAGGACUCUGGGUUUUAAGGUACAGCGCAGAACAGGAAUAGGGACACAGCUUUGGGCAUGUCUGUUUUGCAGCUCCUGUUGCAUGCCGAAAAUGAACCUAUUUACCCUGGCCUUUGACAGUUAAAAGUAUUUUGUUUUGUGGGACCCACCUCUUUUGGUUUUGGCUGGAACAGUUUUACUUGGUUGCAAUUCUUUUCGUAGAAAAAAACUUUUGUUUUUAUAACUGUAUAUUCUGUUGUCUCCUGUUCUGGGGCCUUACAGUGAAAGGCAGAUAAUAACUGAUAUAUAAAUAAUUCCCUUCCUUUAAAAUUUAAAUGAUUUAUACUUUUUGAGGGAAGUGGCAACUUCAUCACCUUAUGCCCCUUUCUGUUGGAACCCCCUCUUCUAGAGAAAAGGCUUCCAUGAUUGUAUGGGCAUAGGUAGAUAUGUUGAGCUGUAGGGGCUUCCUAGGAAAUACACUGAGUGGUGGUGGGCUGAUUGGGACAACAACGCAGGGAAGACAAUGCAGAAGAGUUGUGACUUUUACUUGGGGCAAAGUAAGGGCAGAGGGUAAACACUGCUUCUGCUGCUAACCAGACUCAAGACUCCUCUUCUUUCUUCCACCAGGCCUGCUGUUGUGUCCUCCACUCUGGGAUGACCAGAGUGGCUCCAGGUUGCUGACAGCUCCAGCACCGAGUGCAGCAUGGCCCGGCUCAUCCAUGCCCUCUGGAGUCUCUGCAUCACCACUGUCCUUGUCACCUCAGCCACCCAAG